AUGGCGGGACUUGGUAUGGCAUCGGAAGUUGUAAGCAAGUGACAGUUUUUGAAUCAUUUUCAUUUAGCACCACAUACUUGAAGUACCUGAAAUCGGAAAGUUAAACGUAUACGUGCAGGUGAGUUCUUAAAUAGUGUUAGUCUUUGUAUACAAACGGUAAAUUUUAUUUUUGAUAACGAGUAGAAUGCAUUUGCGUUCGUUCACAUGUAAAUGCACGCGACGCACUGCAACACACGGAGCAAAAUUCUUUCAGUUUUUACUCUUCUAAUUCGUGGACAUCUACUCGGAUUGGUCUUGCGGAAACUGCCUUGCAGCCCCGCGGCUGCACUGCGUCCAGCGUACCUUCAAGGGAUUCUAGACUUUCAGAAUUUAAAUGUCUGUCUAUUUUCGAUUUGUUCUGUACUUUUAAAUUUACGUUAUCCAAAUAAUUUGUUAAACUGAUCGCUAACUUUUACGAGUCUCUAUCUUCUAUAGGACAUAAUCAUGGAAUUUGUAAAUCAAUUUGGACGUAACCGCUAUAUAUUAGAGAAAUACAGAGCGCUGACAUUUAACUUCGACAAAAAACGCUUUCAGACGUGCAGAAAUAAAACGGUCUGCAGAAACGACGGUGUAUGGGCUAAUUAUAUUUAACAGGCAAACGACAAAUAGAUAUAUGUGACCGAACACCUUAUUAACAAGGCCACCCUAACAUGCAAGUACUUUAGCAUAGUGCUUUUUCUUAUCUGCUAGAAAAAUUCGGUCAGAAUACAUCAAAGUUUCAUACUCAUAGCAUCGUAGAUACGAAUAUUCAAAUGCGUUCAAACACCAUAUUCAUGGUUUUAACUGAAUGGUUAAUCCUAUUACGUUUGCAUUUAAUUAAUAAAUAUCUUCUGAUUAUGUCGCGAUUUAACGUCUAAUCUUUCACCACAGGGGAAUCUUGUCUCGCAUUCUGUCGCAUUCCUUACAGUCCAUGAUCUCGGUUGCAAUCGUGAGUUAAUAUUUUCUGGAGGAUCAAGCUUUAUUUAUGCCUCUUCCACACGUACCAGAUUGUCAUCUUUUGCACACAACCUCUGCUCACAUGAUGAGCUGUUAUUCACUCUAUCCUGCACUGCCUGCAAAUAUUUUAUAUACCACCUAAAAAUAUAAAUUAUCUCACGCUCCAUAUAAAAGCAUCUGCAUUGGCAGGAAUGUUUCUGAGCUUUAUGGUGUUCGAAUUGUAGUUUUACACGAGUGGAAUCCUAUAAUGGUCAGAUCACUUUACAAUGCAAACAAAGCAGAUAGCGCCUGCGCAUUGUGCGUUAAUUUUUCGAAGGCUAUAUUAACACUCGUGAGCAACACCUGUUCCUCAUAAGACAGCAGAUUAUUUUAAAUUGACCUCAUGCAAACUAUUUCUAGGAAAGGUCCCAAAAACGACAGACAAUCGAUAUUAAGGCCCGUAUAUGUUUCGAUGAUGCCAAACUAUUACCUCUUUGCUGUGCAACAAAGCUAACAACAAGGUUUUUGAUGCCCAAGGCAUUUUAAUGAUUUUUAUUAGUAACAGGCCAUAUACGACUAUUCAAGGAAGUUAAUAAUCUAUUAAGCAUGUACUGUUUUUGAAACGUAUCACUGCGAAAGCCGUCAUUACCUUUUCUUAAGCAAACAACAGGUCUUUGAGUAGGAAGUGUCCCCCAGUAAAACUGGCACGGACCUAAUAUGUCUCUAAAUCCAAAAAAUCAAGCACACAUUGGAUCUCCUUAAAUCUAUGCUUUAAAAUGGUGGAAUCGAUCGGAAUGUUAGCAAUCCCAUUGUCAACACGUUUUAGUUAUUAGUAUGAGUCACUUGCGACAUAGAAUAAUAUUAAAGGGAACAAAAUGCUCCACUUCCCCUGUGGACUAAAGUUACUAACGGGAACAAAAGAAUGUGCAAAAACUAAUAGAAAAGAUCAGACAAAAUUGCCUGGUCCAUUUGAUAUACUCAAAACUAUUGUUUUAGCUUGAUUGCCCAAUAAACUAGGUAUAAACUUUAGAAAGUUGAUAAUUUUCAUUGGCUCAUAUCCGUCGAUACUCCAUAUUUUCCACCAAAAUUAUUCACCUAGCUGCUUCGAAGUCCACUUUUCAAGGUAUAUCCGGUUCUAAAGAAAUAAUUACAGUCAAGAAGUCAUUCGUCAUUCCCCAAGUCACCUCUUAAAUUGUUACCAUUUUCAUAAAGCAUGAAGCACAGUAGAUGUACUGUCUGUACCGUACUGAUGUUAACCAAAAUUCUGAAAUGCGUCUUCAAUUCCAAAAUGAUUACUUUAGUGGAGUUGUAAUAUUGAUCAUUAUGUGGCAUUAUAUCAAGGCCUUCCAGUUGUGUCACGAUGCCGGAUUUCGAAUGACCUUCAAAUCAGUCGCCUGCAUAACUUUUAUUCCGUAAAAAGGGCUACUUAUUAGUAUAAAUUUUACUCAACGAUUUUUGGCACUCUUAUAUUUUAUUGAAAACAUACAUGAAAAAAUCCUUUCUUUUAUUCAUUUGGUAACAAAUCGCGUUUGCUUCCAAAUUUAUACUUGGAGAAAGAGUGUCCCUUGGUUUUAAAAAAAUUUCUUACUAUGACACUUCUCAAGACCUUGAAAUUUCCAUUCGUACAGCAGCACAUUAUCACAUUUAUCAAUCCUGCCUGUAAAAUGGACAAUGUGGUCUAUAUCCACUUUCCAAUUUAUAUGUUCGUUUUAUAAUGACACAUAUAAAUGUACGAGUUGUUUGCUCGAAAAGAAUGAAGCUUGUAGUUCGAAAUUUCUGAGCGCACGUUGAAAGCCCAGCCAGGUUUAAAAUUAUUCGGAAAUCAGUUAAGUUAUGCAAAACCGAAAAACACUCUCUCUUCAAGCAUAAAAUUUCAAGAAAACGUAAUCCGCUAAAAAAUAAGCUAAAAGGAAUAUUUUUGUGAAUAUUUUCUACAUAAUAUAUUUGGAUUUUUAAGGGUAUCAAAAAUCAAUAGUAGAAAUUCGUGCUGACUAGGCAGCCACUUUUUGCAUGGUAUAUUUUUCGCAAAUGGUCGAUAAAAAGCUUAUUUGAAGGCCAAAAUCCCUGAUAAAGUAAUCCUUUGGAGUUGAAAACACAUCACAUAUUCCCAGUCAACGUUUGAUGUGAUAGCAUAUUACAUUAAUUUAUAAUCCAAAUAAGUCAUAUUCGGUAUACUUAUGCUAAAGGUGCUUUCCAUGAAGAAAAGCACUUUAACUUAGCAGCAUGAUUUAUGCUGGAACGGCCAUUAGCCCGACAAAUUAGUACCCUUUUAUAGACGUCAGGAGUAAUCAUGAUUGCUAAAGCAAUGCAUAAAAAUACAGGCAAUUUAUUGCAUGCAUAGAUUUGCCUUUAAUUCCUGUCUGUGUUUAUUGCAAACUGAAAAGACAGGUAGCUGUUAAAAUAAUGGGCUGAACUUCCGUCCUAGAAAUAAACAUAAUUUGCGGAAUGGUGAUAUAUCCAGAUUUCGUCAUCGAUCGGCCGUGGUUUCUCACAGCAAUUUGGUGCCUUUAAUUAUCCCCAAUCCACUCAUAAAAUUCCACUCAGGUAAAGCAAGAACAUAAUUAUAACGUGGGAGCGGGCCACAAACAGAACCUGCAGGUAUUUUCAGUAGAAACCCUAAUCAUUGAAAAAAUAAAAAGCUUACAAUAGGAGACAAAGAAAAUGAAUUUACUAGCAGAUUUAUUGGUCAACCACACUAUAUCAGUGGGACUUAACUUACAAUACACAAAUUAUAGCCAAUACACAAGUCGCUGCCCGGCUGUGAUGCUAAAAGUUUAUUUUGGUACAUUACUUUUAAAUUCGUUCUUUCGAUUUUGCAAAAGGAAAAGGAACCCUUUAUGCGUAAGGAAGGCCGUCAAUCGCCCUGAAAUUACUAUAAGAUCGAGGUUCCAAUCAUCAUUUAGAAUCCUCAUCUGUCGGGUGAAUCGCGGGUAGAAAUCUUAAGAUCGGUUGCAAAUGAAUAUUCAGCAUCCUUAACACAAACUACGACGUAAACCCUAAAGGCAUCACCUGCGCAGAGCUUUGUUUUUAAAAUCUAUCUUCCUAUUCUGAUGGGAUCCAAGCCGUCCUCUCGUUUGUAUGAAAACCCGGUGCGCCAUCCAUGUGCCAGAUCGUGUGCGGAACGCUUUAACGGGGCGUUUAGCAUUGCCAGUCACUGCGUCCAGCCCCGCCUCCGGUCCCCCUGACUCUUGCACUCUCACCCAAAUCUUUGUUGGAUGAUAGAGUGUACAUAUGCGACAUACGUCUGUUACCUUUAUGAGCUAGUUCACGCACGCGUCGUCGCUCUGCGCCGACCUUGUUGGGUUUCACCUGAUAAACGGUGUAAUUUUUAACGGUCCAGCUGUCAUAGCCUUUCAGCUGUUAGUUGACUGCGUGUAUGAUAAGAAAACUCACGCAACAAAUAUUGGAACCGUAGUUUGCGGCCAACCUAGUUAACUCUUGAAAGCAUCAGUGUCUUUCGGGUGUCACUGCUAAAACGAUAACGCUCCUAAUUUAGAAAACAGACAAAAUAUAUCUGUUGAAGUAGACUCAAGAUUUUUUCCCAUAAAUAUAUUCAUUACCAUUCAUCCAAUAUGUCCAAGUAAAAGUCUGCCAUUUCAAAACAAAUAAAGCGCCGUACUGCCGAACAUCACUGGAAAUUGAAAACUCGGCUAGCCUCUGCGUACACUAGGUAAGCUAGAAUGCUUUCUUAAACACAUUUUACUGAGAGCAUAUUAGUAGGCCUUCUCUAAUGUAAAGUUGUACUUUUUGAGUUAUUUUCGACUUAGUGGCGGCAUAAUCUUACCGAAAGAUACAACUUCACGAUAACCGCAACAAGGCCUUCUAUUCAGGAAAAGGCUAUGGAUUAAUUUUCGCUAAGCGAUAACUUGCACGAUUUUGGUGUAUAUAUCUUGGUUAAAGGAGCCGAUGUCUCUGCGAAGAACUGGAUGACAGACGAAAAAUGGACCUUCUGAUGUGACUUGACUCGUUACCGAGGUGACUUUAUGCGGUUGUUUUGGAAUUCAAUAGGUUACCCGGGAGAUAUGGUUAGCGGUACUAGACAGUGCUGGGUACACUUUUAAAGUGGAAUUCGGAUCGGUAUUAGUUAGCUGCGUUAACAUUCUCUCUCAAACUCUCUUGAAACCAUUUGACAAAUGCAAGACAUAGAAACAACUGAAGAAACUUGCUUGCAUAAAUUGCCAUAAUAUGGCUGCUAGAGGAGCUUGCAAUUUUUUAAAAAAGUUAUUAUGUGAGUUCCUGUGAAAGUUAUGGCGAAGUAUGGAGAAUAAUUAUAAAAGGAGUUUGCCUUCAGUGCUGUUCUUCUUUUUGCGGAUGUUAUUUUGCUCCUCUGUGUUGCUCGAAAUCAAUUGUUUAGAAUGCCCUGUCAAUGGAAGGUUUCUGCAAGAUGAUUGUUUCUUAGGAAGUAUUUACGGACCUUAGUAUUCAAGCCUAGAUGUCCAAAUCUCAAAAAACAUUCUUCUUAUUUGGACGCACAAUAUUGGGAAAGUUCCCGUUGUUGUUUUCCUUCUGAAGGGCCUUUCUGGAUUGAAACGUCACGUCUCUCCGUUAAUACAGGCCUCAGAAUAUAAAAAGAAUAUUACGCUGUGCAUCACGAAGCUUGAAAUACGAUGCGUUUUAUUAUUCUACUGCAUGUAGCCUGAGCUAAUACGUACAGUAGGUGGGCUAACUCAUGAAAUGUCAACCGAAAUUCCGAAAUGCGGUUUCGUUUCGAAAAGACUAAUUUAGUGGGAUUGUUAAAUUAAUCGUCAUGCAGCAUAAUUUCACAUUAAUUCAGUUAUCUCAGGAUGAAGUCUUUCGAAAGAAUUUCCUUUCGGCUACACGCAGGAACUACACUCUGUAAAAAAUGACUAUUUAUGUAGCAUGCAUUCCUCUCAUUGAAUUUCGAUGCUCUUCAAAAGCAAGUUAUAUUUCAUGCAAAACAUGCAUAAAAAUAUCCAUUCUUUUAAUCAUUCAGUGGAAAAUGACGUCUUCUUCUAAUUUUGUAUUGGAAAGAAGGGCAGCAUUCGGUUUCAAAACAGUUUAACAAUUCCCGAAGAACUCUGAAAUCAACCUGCCGUUACGCUUGCAUUCAGGGUUUCCGAACUACAAGUCGUAUAUUUUCCGCGUAUGGAAAACCGUAAAUUUCUCUGCGGCAUUAAGAGGAAACCUUAUGGGGUACAUUAAAGUUAGCAGUGGAUUUGAGCCAUAUUGUUGACGUUACAAGCCACAUUGGUGACGUUUUAUGAACGGGUAUUUCACGGUAUUAAGAAAUCUCACAAUUAGAAAAUCUUUAAAACCAAAUUUCACCCUUCAUUUGAACGAAGACGUAUUUUUUUACUAAAUGAGCAAAAGUGAAUAUUUUAAUGCAUGUUUUCCAAGAAAUAUAACUGGAUUUUUAAGAGCACCGAAAAUCAAUCAGAAAACUGCAUGCUACUUAAGUAGUCAUUUUUUACAGAGUGUAUUUUCCGCGUACAGCCGAAAAGAAGUUCUUUCGAAAGCAGGCAAUAUGAGGUAAUCGAAUCAUUAUAGAACUAUGCUACAUGACGAAUAAUUUUACAACUCUACUUAAUUAAUCUUUUCGAAAGGAAAACGCAUUUCAGAAUUUGGGUUGGCAUUUCAUGAAUUAGCCCACCUAUUGUACGUUACAAAAAAAGUAUUCUUAACAUGCUUCGCGAAAAAUUACUUUUUACAAGUGUUUUUACUAACUCCCUCUAUUGACGACGACUGGAGCAUUUGUUUAAAUUGGAGAACGACCCCCUUCACGAGCGUAAUAUUUUUUAAAUGUCCCGCAUAUGGCGCAAGUUUUGCUUACCAUAACUUUGAAGGAUCUGUGGAGAAUAAAUUCAAAUGAUCUGACUCCAUGAGCGCUGUAAUCACGCUAUUCAUGUUAGGUUUGCAGUGCCGCACUUUUUUGCUACAGAACAGCCACUCCAUUUUUCAAAACAUUAACGGAGGAACAGGCUGGAACUGUCCCCUGUUAACAUAAACAUAAGCAUUAGUUUCACCAUACGUCCAUCACUCGCCCCGUAUGCUGAUGAGAUCUAUUUAAAUUAAAAGUUUGGGUGCAGAUAUUACAACCUGAUUAACAGGUCAUGCACCACGCUCUGCCAUGAAAUGUGCUCACGAUUUCUGAGAUUUGACCAUAAUGGCGAUUAUUCUUGCGACCCCGUUGUUAGACUUGACUACUGAAGUAAUCCCACUCUGUAGCGUCAUCCUACAAAACACUGAUGUAUGAUCGUGAACUUAACGAAAUAUGCUACCUACAUACGUCGGAAUUACCAAAGUUGAAACGCGAACGCUGACAAACAAGCUCUUUUAUUAUACUGACUAACAAGCAGGUAUGCAAUUAGUGCUAAAAUUUUGCGGAGUUAUUUCCGCAACGAUAUUAUUUUGGAAAAGACUUAGAUAUAUACAUAUCUCCACUAAACCCUUUUGCAUUCUUUCUGAACAUUGUCCUAGUGAUUCUCAAUUUUAAAAUAAAUAAGGCCAGUCUUGAAAAUAAGCCACUUUUUCUGGCCUUUAGACGCGGUUUUUCUAAAAUAACGUCGUUUCGGCGAUUGUGUCUAGUGUUUGCUUUAAGAAAGUGCUUACAGAUACGCGUGGUCGUUGACUCAUAAUCAUACUGUGACUUGAGAAGAGACACACGUCUCAUUUUUUAAUUGCUGCCUAUCACAACUGUCUUUUUACCAAUUAAUCGAUAAGUCUGUCUCAGUAAUGCUGAACCUUUUUUAAUGUCCCAUGUGUGGAGACAUAGGAAUUUUUGCAGCGGCGCUUAAAAACUAAGUUUUCAGCCGAUGAGAAGCAGAACGUGAAAACCAAUAAGUUUUACAUGGGACUUUCUAAAAUAGGUAACUUCAUUCCAUAGAAAAUUCUAUCAUAAGCACUGCACGCUGCUCUUCUUCGGCAAGCAAAAGAGCCCUGGUCUUCGACCGAGAGUUUUUGCCUGUAGGUUCGCAAGCCAUCGCUACGUUAUGCCCAAACUUCUCCAACCAGCCAAACAAGGGAUUGGUCAGUUUCACUGCCGCAUGCCUAGGCUCGGUCUUUGCGCGCAUACUUGUUGCAUAGCUGCCGUUGAUAACAUAUGACUGUCCAUAUAAUCAAAAAGUCAUUUUAUCGGACUUCUGGACAAAGAUUGAAUUUCGAAAUUAAAUGGCUGACCACGAAAAGAGGACUGCUUUGCCGGCAAUACAAGAUUAUGCAUAUAUAUCGGGGAAUAUAGCAGUUACAAAACUGCGUAGUUAAGGCACGCAAGGGCGGUUGUCAUUUUGCCGGGUUAUAAAAAGAACGUCAAAAACGGCCAUGCGAUGCUGACUUCUGUUAAUGCUCUCGCACAUGAACAUAUUUCGGACAAAAUGGACCCCGUGUUGCAGAAGUGUGAGCGACUAAUCGCCAGUCUGGGGCCAGGCGAAUACCGUAAGGACAAAAAUGACAAAAUAAUUGGUUCGAAUGUAUUUCGCCCAUUUGGUGGAAAAAGGAGACGUAUUAAUGUUUGUCGCAUCGUCUUGAAAAUGCGAAGGAACGUAGAAUAACUUCCAGAAGGACUCUGUAACUGGUCCCGCUGUUCUUUCUGGCAAUACAAAGCGCAGAUAGUUUAAGUAUGAUCAAAUUUAUUUUCCUUACUGGUUUGAACGUCUCAGACUUUCUGCGUUCGUUUGAAAUCUGCUCAAUUGUGCUAAGAUUGAACGACAUUAAACCGCAAGAAUAAAUAAUCAUUAGGACUAUAUGAGCGGAAAGUCAUUGUGUCGCAACAGACGCAAAAGCAAACUGUUUUGACGUUGGAGACUGAAUAUGACCCCUAAAUUCGCACUUUUUCGGCUCCUGCGUUUAAACUGCUUAACGGAUGGAUGGCGGUUACUAUGCGGUACAACCAAGAAAGCACUGAUCACAAUGUCUUUAUAUAUUUUUUAAUAUAAAGAGUUACCUUAGUUUAGUUGCGAAAGUGAUAAAUAGAGUUCAUCAUCCGAGGGAAGACAACGCACGGCAACAUGGCUACCAAGCAGGUCCCCGGCCAUCCAUACAAUUCAUAUUCUUAAAAAUUUGCUAUUGCUUACUUCGUCAUCAUUUUAUUAUUUAUAGCAUAUAUCUUUAAAAAACACUUUCCAUUAAACAUGUGUGGAAUAUGCUUUCUGAUAGUCAUUUUAUAUGAAGUUGGGGUAUUUCAUACUGUGUACUGGGAAAAAUCGAGAGUUCAAAUCUCCGAAAGUUCGUAGUUGUGGACCUUUUGAAGAUGUUUACGCAGUUUUUCGUGCAGCUCACUAUUUCUUAGCCUUUAGAUCAGCGCUGACAGAGUAUGGAGCCUGAUCUUUACUCGGAUCUUUUUAAACGACGAGGAAAGCAUCUAGCAAAUGGUUUCGAAAUCUUAAAGAAAGAUUAAGCAAGGAGAUUGGAUUAAAACCCGCAGUAGCACGAGUUAAAGUAGGCUUAUGUUGCACAGCAAGCCUACACAUCCGUAAACAGGUAUUUGGUCGUCAUACACUUUUGUUACCGAAAUCAUGGGGAAAAUUAUUCAGUUAGUGCCAUCGUUCAUUUCCUUUCCUUUAUUCGAAAGAAAAGAACAGCUAAGUUAAAAAUGAUCCGUCAGUAUUUUAAAGGCACCCUUGUUCUCACCACGUGUUGGGGAAGUUUUCGUUUUAUCUGACUUACGGAGAUAACCCUCGUUUCUGGUAGCAAGUUUGCGCACACAGCCAAAACUCACCAUAUUGAAGGCAAGCCAAAAUGCACGGGUUUUUGGUCUGCGCAUGCCGAGUAUAGAACGUAUGUUGCAGACUGUACAGAUGCUUUUUCUGCGAAAGUCGAAGGAAGUAGGGGUAGGCUCAUACGGCAUCCUGUCUGUGGCAUUUUUCUGACCAAGUGCUUUCAUGGGUUUAGUCAAACUGACUUACCGGCGUAACGAAUGUGCGAACAGCACAGAAUUCAGCUUAACUUACAAUCCCCAUUUGCACUCGAGUUUCCUCUUGCUACCUGGAAAAACGCCAACGAUCCAAGAAAGAUGAUGUACCACGCACAGUCGGUAACCGGACGCUUAUUCGUUAACUCUUUCAAAAUCUAAGAUGACAGGGUCACAGACUGUCUGCAAACCCCAGUGAAAACUGAUCAAAAGGCCGACAGCAUGCUCUGUGAGUGCCUAUGUUAAGAAAGAUUACGGUGCUCGUGUUUUGCUAGAAAAUAUUCUGGUUUUCUCUGUGUUAGCUAAUUUUCUUUUGAGUGUCAUCCGAACCUGCAUAUAUAGUUCUUAGUUACUCACAAUAUAACUAGUUGUUAAUUACUACAAGACAGUGUUAGCGUGAUGACCUAACGCCUUGGAUAUUACCUGUUAUCAGUCCAGGGGAAGAGUAUGGUUUUGUUUUUGACACAGGAGAUUAACUGUCCAGGAGCUAAACAGCGUUUCUCAGGGCGAAUCCGACUGAGGUCUAAUUUUUCAAUAUAAUCAUCAGGGAGAAGAGUAAAUCUAUCGUUAUUUACAUAACCCUACCUGUCUGCACAGCUAUUCCACCAAAAAUACUAGAUAUUAGCUCACAUAUGCAUAUCGGUAUUCGAACCGAACCUAGGGGAAUUGGCGCUGAAGGAUUUACUCCAAGAAAAUCGAAGAGCUUGGUGCUCAAGUCUGAAGUCCAAUGAGAUUAGGACAAGUUUGAGACUCUAAACGUUGGAGGCAGCUAGAACAGCACUGACGACGUCGUAUGCACAAAAGCGGUCGACGGAUGAGGUAUCACAGUUACUCGUGGGUAUUUUUACUGAAGCGUUUCAAAAAACAUUAGUUUACUGCCAUCUGGCAUGUUAGCCAUGCUCAGAAUAUUCAGGCACCCCAAACUUUAGCAACACGUGAGUGAAUUUACGAGCCAAAUCCCUAUAGAGUGCUGCCCUAAUUUUCUGAUAGGCCUUUUCGUUUUCACUAUCAUUUUUAAAUUACUACCUCCCACUGAGCACUAUGACUUAUUGCAAAAGACAAAUGCACAUUGCGAAGACGUACUUAUCCUUUGCUGGCUCAUUAGCUUCAUUACCUGGAGGACCUCUUAAUUGUAGACCUUAGCCUCAAAAGAGAGUUUUAUGUGAUGUGGAAACUUUUGCAUAUAUUGUCUGCAGACUUCAUGUUAUCCGUUCAUAUUUUUUGAACUCGACCGAGUGCUUCAAAAUGGAGAAGGAUAGUGGACGCACUGGAUUUUCCAGCCAAUUAGCCGGCAACCACAAAUCAUGCUUCUUAAGUGGUGCUGUCUGAUGCUCCGUUUGUCAGUUCAGUUGGACGCGCUUCCGCAAAAUUCACGCGGUGGUAAUAAGAUUUAACCGUUUUGUCAACACAAUCGUAGUCCUUCUGGCCUAUUGCAUACUUCGAAAUUGCAUAUAACAUAAGGGGUGCUGAUUUAUUUCUGAAAAUAUGGAAUCUUACAUAUCCACCGUAUCUUUUUAAUAUUCGGACAGCAAUAUCUUUUCGCAAAAAAACAUACAGAUGAGUUCACUAAAGAAAGUCUCAGUAAUUACAAUCAAAACCUACAACAAAAUAACUCAUUUUAGCUACAACACACAAAAAUACCCACACUCAUAACGAUAUCCUAUCACUAAAUAACCCCAGAUAAUCCAUGAGUAUGAAAAGGGCUUGCUUCCGCCUGAAACAAACUACGCAAUUUCCGAAACGGUAUGCAUUAAAUUUGGAAAAUCCACUUAAAUGAGCUUUCAGGGCUUAUUUGCGUGAAAAGCAGUGCCUAUACAACCUACGCUUACGACCAUACUUAUUUCUUUAAUUCGUAAACCACGACCAUUUCUAUUUUCGUUGGUGUUUAAGCUUGACUGUAUUCAAUAUUAUUUCCUAGGAUAGAUGUGCUAAAUUAGUUCUAUUGCAGAUUUCGCCAUUUUAAAAAUUCGUCUGUUAAGGAACAACGCUAAUUUUUUUCCCGGCAGGUUUUAUUUUUAAGUGUGUUUUGAAACAAAAUCUACUUUGUCACUUAUUUCUAAUGUUUCAAAAACUUACGCUCCCUAUUUUCUGUCGGAGAAGUUGACUUAUGUAUAUAUGCAUAUGAUGAUGGAGGGGCGCUUACCGAUCAAAACCGGCAGGAAAACGAGCCCCUGGCCCAGUGGUUAGAGGCGCUGGACUUUUAACUAACAGGUCGCGAGUUCGAGCCGCAGGUAUUCCACACGUCGAGGUUGGGUAAGAUUUGCUGACGACGGCUAAUAAACCAGAAAUGGCCAUUCCAGUCUCCCUUGUCUUUGUCGGUAAUAUCAUUCCGCCUAUAUAUCAUGCGCAGCUGUGCGGCUGCUGGUUAGGCUCGAGAGAGAGCCCUUAAGGCACAACGGAACGAGUGAGUUCCGUAUGAAUGAUCGGUGAGCGUCCCCUACCAUUGUAUAUUCCCGAUCGAAAACCGACAGGGCAACGGGCUCGUGGCCCGGUGGGUAGAGGCGUGGACUUCAAAACCAACAGGUCCCGAGUUCGAGGCUCCGGUGUUCCACACUUCUGGCUUGGGUAUGGGUGGCUGACGACGGCUAAUAAGGCAGAAAUGGCCAUUCCAGCCACCCUUGUCUUUGUCGGAAAUACCAUUCUGCCUAGACGAAAGUCGAUCAAUACGGACUGACGCACAAGACGGCCGCUGACUGGCUGAAGCACCAAAUGAGUACUGAUUUUGUAGCACGUUUGAAAUGUCUGUUGUUCUCUGCAUAUUUACUCAAGUCUAACGACGACACGGAAAUCCGACGUAGAAAAUUUUCUCAAUGAAGUUUUUUCCUUUUCCCAACGAACGUAUUUUCUUUCAAAUUAUGUUUCUUGGGAUGGCCGAGUUCCAAUUCAUAUACAUAAAUAUAUAUAUAUAUAUCCCGAAUGAUAGAGAAUACGCGCGGCCCAGGUAAUUGCAUAGAAGAAGACGGGAAGGCGAUCGCUGGGACCAAUGGUUUUUUUAUCCGACGUUUCGAACUCUCAUGAGCAAAAUCAACAAGGACCUGGCAAGUCUUCGGAAGUCAAAAGCGAUUACACAGCUUGACUGGCAGAGGAUGAAACCAAAGGAUUCCGCGAUCGCGAGAUUCUAUGGUCUACCCAAGGUCCACAAACCAGGAACCCCCCUACGACCGAUCGUUUCUCUAAGAGGCACACCAACGUUUGGCCUGGCUAAGUGGCUGUUCCAGCGUCUGAAAUUCCUAACCCAAUGUUCUGAAACUACCAUCCACUCAGCAGAACGAUUCCUUGAGAAACUGCCAGGUAUUCAACUUACAGAUGACGAAGUGAUGGUAUCUUUCGACGUGAUAUCACUCUUCACUUACAUCCCACAACAUCUCGCGGUUGAAACUGUGCAAACCUUGUAAGAGCAACGUUAUAACGAGACGGACAACAAACUUAAGAUAAAACACCUUGUCGAUCUCCUGAAACACUGCUUGAAGACCUUCUUCACCUUCAAUGGAGCCACGUACGAACAAGUUAAAGGCACACCGAUGGGGUCGCCGUUAUCCAGCUUGAUUGCUGAGGCAGUGUUACAGCGACUGGAGGCACUGGCUUUUGACCACUACCGACCACGAUUGUGGGUACCGUAUGUUGAUGACGCAUUUGUCAUUAUCAAUCGGGACAGGAUUGGGGAAUUCACGCAACAUCUGAACUCGAUCUUCCCAGAUAUCCAGUUCACGAUGGAGGAGGAAAAAGAUUGUCAGUUGCCGUUCCUCGACGUACUAGUCCAGAGAAAAGGCGAUGGGGGACUAAAACCAACAGUUUACCGAAAAGCGACAAAUACCUCUCGUUUUCUGAGUUUUCUCAGCAACCACCCCCUUUCGCACAAACGCAGCUGCGUAAGAACACUCUACCGGCGGGUAGAAACCCAUUGCACAGAGCCAGCCGACAAGAAGACCGAGGCUCAGUUUCUGAGGAAACUCUUCACCAUGAACGGCUACCCUGGCAGUUUCGUCGAAAAGUGCAGGUGAGAAACCCGGGGAAGAAAAUCGAAUGGGCAGCCGAAACCGAAGUGCUGGCGCGCAGUGCCGUACGUAACUGGUUUGUCAGAAGAAUUCGCCAGACUGGUGCGCGAAUUUGGGAUCGGCGUCGCGCACAGACCUGAAGCCACAAUCCGCCGGCAACUCACGCCGCCCAAGGAUCCAAUUCCCAUAAAUCAGAAAUCGGGGGUCAUUUACCGGAUAGACUGCAAUUGCUGCCAGGCCAGUUAUGUUGGUGAAACCGGAAAACAGGUCCGCACGAGAUUGCAUGAGCAUGAAUUGGCCGUGAGACGGAAGGAUAAACUCUCUUUGGUAGCCGCCCACGCCUCCUCGCCAGGACACGCCUUUGACUUUGGGAGCGUGAGAAGACUAGGACAGUCAGACAACCGAGUUGCGCGCCUGCUGCAGGAAGCGUGGCACUCAACUGACGACGCGAUUAAUCGACAUAUCGAUCUGCCAAUCGCCUAUCAAGCACUGCGUGAACAAAUCAACAGCGCAGCUAGAGGUCACCCCCGGCAGAGGUGAGGUAAAUACACGACGAGCUGUACAGUUUUUUCAUUCCUUGACGAUGGGCUCGCAUGAGAGUUCGAAACGUCGGAUAAAAAAACCAUUGGUCCCAGCGAUCGCCUUCCCGUCUCCUUAUACAAAUAUAUAUAUAUAUAGACACAGACACGUUGUCCGACGUUCGGAGAGUUUCUUAUAUUCACAAAACUUUGCAACGAAUUGUUCCUACGUUUCAUCUAAGAGGACAGAAACUAAAGAAGUAUGAGGCAUGUUUGUUUGCCUUAAAGUGCACAAGCAGGAUAUGCGCGUGUUAUUGUGUGUGGCAAGACACUUUGCAGCUGUACGGCCGCUCAUGGUUUGUUGAUGCGGUAGGGUACAACUUUCAUGACAGUACGCAUUCGAUCGAUCCGUGCUGCGGAUACGUUGCUGAAGCGGGAGGUACACCACGCGACCCCAUAUAGAUCGUGUAGAGCGGACAGAUCUAUCUGUUUUGCCAGCCCUCAAGCCCACCUAUCGUCCUUGGCUCCAGGGGGCCGUGCUCUGCACUGUGACACAUACCGGUAACCGUCUUUAGCCGGCAGACUAAAUCGGAUGGGGAUGCGCGGAGUGUGUGUGUCUUCACACCCGGAAGCCCCGGAACUUAUCACCACUCUAUCUCCCCUCGUAUGAAGAAAAACAUCUGCGUCGAAGGUGACAAGCAAUCCCAUAGGCAGUCCAGGCUGCUUCGGAUCCACUUCCCUGUGUAACAAAUUCUUUACCGACAGUGGAGUUGGCAACUUUCUGGAUAAAUAACCGGCUUUGUUCGGUGGUAGAAUUUCUUAAGGAGAACAAUUUGACAUAAGUGUGCGUGAAACACGCCGUCACCAAGCUCAGCGUGGACCGUAGACACAAAUAUUCAUAGUAGGCAAUAUACGAGGCAAGCGUCGCUCUAUCCUUCCCUCAAAUUCUGUUUGAGUGACACUAUUCCCUCUGGCGGCCUAGAAUGGUCACUCAAUUUUGGACAAUCCAAUAGCACUGUCCGGAAAGCAGGCCAGCCCUGGUCGCUUAGGGGCUAGCACACCGAAAAAGUGGACGUGGUGACACUCAACGAAACUCCUUUUUCCGAACAGGGGUGAGUGGAGGUAGGUGUCAGGUAGGCAGUUUUCUGGAACUGACGUCCAAAGGGCAGGACGACAAGACGUUAGAGUCGCUUUUGCUGUCAAGAAGGACGUCGUAAGACGACUUUCCCGUCUCUCGCGGAAAACCGGCGAUUAUCUGGUGGUCAUGGGUCUGUAACUGCACGGGGACAAUUUCGCUAGUCUUAUCAACGCCCACCUUUUUCCAGUGACAGACCUCGACGAGGUAUAGGAUAAAUUCAACAAUGUCGUCCAUGUCUUCUUGACGAAAGGGUUAAGGACGAACAGAUUCUUCUCUUAACUGACUCAAAUACCCAUUUUGGUACAGAAAAAACCUUCUGUGAGGAAGUGCUAUGCCAGCUCGGGUACGGCAGUGCCUUGCUCAGAUAAAAAAUGUUCUCAUCACCAACACUUUAUUCUCUCUCGCUAUGCGUUAGAUACAAAUGUGCGUCCACACUCGUUUGUGACAAUGCAAAUACUGGAGCUCAUUAUUACCGGGAGACAGAAGUAACACGAUGCCCUAUUAACCAGGUCUAAGCGCGACGCGAAAUGACGGAUAGACUACAAUCUUCUUGUCUCUGACAUGAGGCUGCGACUUAAUUUCAACAGGCGAUCGAAAAGUAAGAAUUCAGAGUUAAGUUAUGCAUUAAGCGGAACGCCUGAACACCAAUUGAACUUUAGUUGUUGCCUACAUCUCAAUGUUAAACAAGUCAGUUUGUGGAAGAAAGUGCCGCUGUUGGGAAGAACCGCUGAAUUCCAUUCAAGUUUUUUCCCCCGAGGCACUCAGUGGCGCACACCGAAAUUACCAGGAUAAGUUCAACAAAAGCGACGAGAUCCGAGGUCGGAACUCAAGCAUAACAGUCACACAACAUUUCGGCCGCCGAUUUUGAUGACGCCCACCGUGUGCCCUACAGCGAUGUGGGUGUAGGGACGAUGACUUGCGCGUGAAUUAGUUUAUAGUUACAGUAGAUGUGCGCAGCAUCUGCCGCUCUCUCUCUCUCUAUUUACUCCCACCCAGACUCGACGUCGUGGCAGAUCCAGAAGACGGAAGGUGGGAGAUGUUGCAGGCCGCUGGAACAAGGGAACCCCUCACCUAAGCGUGUUACCACGCCGGUUCGGAUUCCACUGAGCUGGAGUGCCACAGAGAACCUAGUUGGAAUAAGCCAGGGCAGCCUGACUCUUAUUCCACCGGUUGGCUACUCAACACCAACAAACACUGGGCUGACCGCGAAGUCCGAGUUAUUCCGUCAGUUGGCAGUCUUUACCGUUAUAGAUUCAAGGGCGUCAGAUUGCUUAUAGUAGGCAAUAUGCGCCAAGACAGUGGACUUAACUCUCUCUUCUUACUCCCGGGCGUCAGUUUACUCCCCGAGUCAUUCAGUCGUCUGACGCGAGAAACAGGCUUAACACAACCUACAUCAACAGCAAUAUCGACGCCAAUAAAGCGGCAUAUUUCCGGCGCUGAAGAUUAGUGCAGCAGAAUACCUAGUGAGAUAUAACAUUUUUGGCUAAUUCAGAAGGCAGAAGAAAUUCUGGGAUAGGCUGGAGAAUUGUUUUGCAGCGAUCCUAGUAGUCUAUGAUUGCCAACCCACGGACACUGCGCCACUGUUCAGUCACGAUGGAUUAACUUUGCUGUCGCAGAAGUCUCAGAUCUCCCAUCGUCAGACCACGCACCUGCAGAGUAUCUUCAACUACUCGUCCACAGUCUGCAAAGAAACCGUGCAUUGACCUCCUCACGUAGACAACAAUGACAGCCCGUUCAUACUUAUUCUUCCGGGAGACAAGUUAGCGCUGCAGCAGCUGUAUAGCGGAAAGGCAUUAUUUGCAGACGCAAUCUCAUCCAAAAUCUACCGAAACGGUGGCCUCCAAUUAACGGAAAAUCUUAAUCCACUAUUUCAGGAGACGUGAAUUUUACUAGAAAUGCAGAAAGACUUGAAGCGCUUUCCCAGGUCCCCCCAAACGCACACAAGGGGAACUGGAAAACCUAUGAUAGGCUCAGAGGCAUCGCCCUUCUCAAAAUCAUAGAAGAAUCUUUACUUACGUCCUACUUAGUCGUCUGAACAGUCAUCAGGACAGAAAAUUCUUCUGGAAACACAGUGCUGAUACCGAAAGUACAGUAGAAUCCUGAAAAUAAGCUUUGUGAUCUGCCGAAUAUAAUAAAAAUUGUCUGAAAAUGAUACUAGACGAAGUUGUUUGGUGAAUUGAGCUAAUGUUCACUCCGGAAAAUCAUGCUUAAAUCUGGAUGUUACAAGCUCUCAAAUCAUAGGCGGUUGAUUCAAAUGGCCAGAACAUCACGAGACGUAUGAUGACUCGUGCCAUGGAUAAUGAGGAAGUCCCUGAUGCAUUCACGCUGAAGAAUAAGGUGAGACAGGGUACUACACUCGUUAACAUGGCUUCAAAUCUCCUGUUCUCUACCAUGCUGAUAGAUGCCUACUGUAAGAGGCGACGAAGAAUCAUCAUCACCUACCGAUCCGACGGUCAUCUGCAUAACACCCGAUGCAAGAAUUUGUACCGCACGACCGUGGGAAUUGGAAUGAUACUCUAUACACUCCGUCUCUUUAUAGAGGAUAGAGGGCGGAGGGAGAUACGCAAAUCACGAACACCCCGAACCGGUGUUGUUUACAUCCAAGCAUUUACAUCCUGCCUGCACUGCUAAUGGAGAUAUGUACACGGAUUUUCCUCGGCAGACGUCUUUGGAUUCAGUGCAAUAUCAGCGCGACAGACCAGCAUCCCUUUUCAUCAAAAACCACCAACACUGUUUUGUUCUGCUUGUCGUCAUCACUGCUGCCCCGUUAGCUAGCAAGUUGGACUGAGUUCUGUCUUGCCACCACUAUGGCCGAUGUAAAAAUCUCCGUAGUCGGUCACUUUCAAAUCCACGACGCCAAAAUAACCGAACCAGUGCCUAGAUCUACGCCAUGCACCUAGUACACACGCUUGACUUGUACAGACUGCUCUGGGAUAUCCAGAUCCCAUAUGAGUAUUUUUGGCCACAUGCAAAUGCAACAAAAUUUUCAGUGAAGUAGCACAGUCCAGACCCCCUUCAAAACACCUCACUCAACCUAUACUAACACACCUCUAGGCUACAGAAAAAAUUAUUACGGAACGCGCAUAAACGACGCGCGGCAGCAAAGCCUCAUAUAAGUGUUCACAAUAUGCAUGUAUCUAUAUGUUGCGUCAAGUGCUACAUGCAAGAAGAUGCAUAUCCGAAUUAGGUGAGAAAUAUGCCAUUCGGUGUGACCUGACAAGUGUGUACAGGUGACCAGGUCAUAGGUUGCAUGCGUAGACGGGAUUUUCAACUUUACUAACAAUUGAGCCCACGCUAAUCCCCUGUAAGACUUACUUUUGUAUUUCCAUCCGAGUACAGUGGACGUGGGAGAGGGGAUUGAGGUAGAUUCGGCGGAAGUCUGCUCCGAUAACAACAAACUCGCGCGCAAGUCACUGUUUAUUAGCUCACCUCGUGUUGUAGCGGCGACGUAGUCAUUAGCGGCGGUUGAACGAUGGGCUUAACGAAUGCGCCCAUAUGGAAUAUGGAAUUGUCCUCAGUGCUGGUUGAUUGUAAAAAAGAUGGACUCUUUAUUCGGAUGAACAUGAAAUCACCGACCAUACAACAACAUACCUUUAGGCGCGGCCGUACUCCUGGUUGGUAAAUCAGUUACACAAAAGAAGGUGAUAAGCCUAGGCGACAUUGUCGCUCGCUCCUCUUCUUUAAGUGCAAAUUCUAAAAUGACUUAAGUUAACACAUUGAGAGCUUAUGUGGAGACACUUUUGUGAAUCCUUUCUAGGAAAUAGGAUUAAUUUCAACUGGUUGUCCAUACGCAUUGGUAGACGCCGCAUGUAUACCAGCAAGUAGCGAGAGUAGGUGGGAUAACUCGUGAAAUGUCAACCGAAAUUACGAAAUGCGUUUUCGUUUCGAAAAGAUUAAUUAAGUAGGGUUGUAAAGCUAAAUAUCCGACAGGAUAAUUCAGUUACCUCGGGAUGCUGGCCUACGAAUGAACAUCUUUCCGGUCGCACGGAAAAACCACACUCUGUAAAAAAUGACUUCAGGUAGCAUGCAUGGUUCUCAUUGAUAUUCGAUGCCCUUGAAAAGUCAAUUAUAUUUUAUGGAAAACAUGCAAACAAUUUUCAUUCUUUGCUCAUUCGGUGGAAAAUGACGUCUUCUUCCAAUUUUAUACUCGAAGGAAGGGUAUAAUUCGGUUUUAAAAAUGUUUCCAGUUGGGGUCUUUUUUAAUACCGUGCAAUGACCGUUCACAAACUUCAUGUCUCUGCAUAUAUCAGUAUGGCUUGCAAAGUUAACGAUAUGGUUCAAACCCAUUGCUAAUUUUUAUGAACCCCAUAUGCUUUCCUCUUAAUGCCGUAGAGAAAUUUUUGGUUAUCCGUACACAAAAAAUACACGGCUGGUAGUGUGUAAACCCUGAAUCAAGUGAAACGGCAGGUCGGGCUCAAAAUUAUUCGGCCACCGGAAAAAUCUUUGAAGACCGAAUUAUACCCUUCUUCGAGUAUAAAACUGGAGGCAGACGUAAUUUUCUACUGAACGAACAAAAAUGAAUAUUUUUGUGCGUGCUUUCCGGGAAAUACAAUUGAAUUUUUAAGGGCCUCCAAUUUCAAUGAGCAGAAUGCAUGCUACAUAAGUAUUCUUUUUUAAUGAGCAUGGUUUUUGCAUGCGACCGGAAAGACGUUUGUUCGAAAGUCGGCAUCCUGAGGUUACUGAAUUAUUUUAGAAUUAUGCUGCGGUGGAUUAGUUUGGCGACCAUAUUUUUUUCGAAAAGAAAACACAUUUCGUAAUUUUGGUUGACGUUUCACGAGUUAGCCUUCCUACUGUACUCUGAUUUUUUGUUCGUUCCAUGUUAAACCGACUAAUCAACAUCGAAAUUCGGUAUUUUGUAGCAACACCUUUUCAGUGACAGGCCUUAUAUGUCAUAGUAAUUUAAACUAUUUUAUCAACCCUAAUAUAAGUCUGGCCGAGAUCUGCCGUGCGCCUAGUUGUGCUUCAAGCUCCUGUGUACCAAACAUGUGGACAUGUUUGUCCUGAGAGAGAUUUGGAUCAUGGUUCCUGUGUUACAUACAGUACGCCCAGGCUACGGAUUCUUUCUGGACCUCCAAGGUCGGGGAAUUCAAUCGAGCAAACUAAGAUCUCUGUUGAAGUAAGGUUGAUCACAUCCAGCCCUCUUGGUUUGGCGCAAGAUGCUUUGCAUAGAAAACUUGAGAAAUCAUAUAAUGAAACUCAGAGUUUGCCCAAAAUUAUGCACCUCGUGACGCUCUGCGACUUUUCUCAAAAGAUAUACUUUACCUCUGCUGCAAAAACCCAUGAACAGAUGAAGGGAAUUACUAUGGACUCCCCAAGCUCCUGUUUAGAUGUAGUACUGUUCCUUACGAACAGGGUAAGUUUUUUUCAUCCACCAGGUGUCGGUAUUUGGCACCAUUGCAUUCACGAUCAAUUUGUUAUCGUUCAGAAUAACACGCUGCAAAAUGUUCAUUAUUUACUCAAAUCAAUAUUCCCAGACGUACAGGUUACGAAGGAAGAAAGGGAACAACAGCUGCCCUUCUUUAAAAUGCCCGCCAGACGAAGUACCAACGGCAAAAUAGAAAUUACAGUUUACGGGACGGUAGCGAACGCCACGCAACUUCGCACUUUCCACAACAACCAUUCGGUCGCUCACAAGCAAAGCUGCGUGCGAUAUCGGGAACAAAUAGUCUGAUAGCUUCGCGAUCAGUUAAUGUAGGACGGCCAUCUGAAGUUGUUUGCAAGCUGAUGCCUAUAUGUUUGCUCUCUCAGGACCCAACCAGAGACAGGAUUCAUGGUAUGGUUUGCUCCGCCAAACACCAGAAGCCACCGAGCGCAUUGCUGCGGGAUUGAGUUUGGAAAUUGCACACCGGCUCAAAGCCACCAUGCACAACAGGGACAUAAAAAUCAAGUGCUGACUAAAUCCCAAGAAGUAGUCUGAAGUCGUGUACCACAUCGCAUGCCUAAACGGUCCUUGUAACUAUACAGGCCAGACUGAAUGCAUGCUUUGAUCGCGCAUACACGAACAUUAGCUGGAUGCGCAACCGAUUGUCGCAAAUGGCUGCCUAGACCUACGAAACGGGUCACGCGUUUAGUUCUCAGCCACGAGCAUAGUCGCCCACUCCGAGGCCAAACAAGCCGCGCGUUGAUUGAUGCCAGGACCUCAGAUUAGAACCCUGUCAAUCGGUGUCAAACUGCCACUGGCACACAGAGCCCUUCGAAGCCACCUCCCGACUGCUGUCACUGAUGUUUGAUUGGGUAGUAUCCCUUAUAACUGUCGCUUGUUCUGUUACCGUAUGUAUCUCCUAGAAUGGACUCCUGUACGAGCUCGAAAGUUGAGAUAAAUAAAAAGUGGUCUCAGCGAUCGGAUUCACUUCUUGCCUACCUAAGAUUCUGUUCAACUUUUCCACAAACAUUAGACAGGUACAUUGUUUGACUGAUUAAUUUCUACCAUCAGGGGGUCAUCCCUGGGAGCAUGACCUCAAAAAUAACUCAACUUGCUCUCCAAUCCCUUGCUUUAUGUUGUGCUCAUAAACGUUCCUCAAUUUUGAUGCAAUUGACCACAUAAUAGAAACUGCACAGGCUGAGUCACGUUUCUUCGUGUUUUCUCAUAUUUUCAGUUUUUUACCGCAGUUUACAACUGGCGCGUUCUUAUGUUGGUAUUGAAAUGUUUUUUUUAUUUAAAUUUAAAGAGAUUUGAGAAGAAGAGUGCAUGCACCAACCUGUGAGGUUCAAAUUCCAAAUUCUCUGGAGCUAUUUCCAUUUGUUUCUCGGUUUUCUGAUAAGCGCCAUCAACAAAUGCUUAUUCUCUAGGCUACUCAAUUAUUCUAGCAGACUCUGCGUAUACAUAUGACAUAUAACAAUAUUUUUGAGAGAGGCGAUUUUGAUUUUAAAAACAGCUUUUGUAUACAUCUCAAAUUAUUCUUAUGAGUCGAAAAGACCACUGUCGGUCUGUCUGACUAAUCCUUGAUAGCCUCUGCAAUGCUGGUGCGUUUUCUGACAAAACCCGAGCAACUGGUCUUAACUAAAUGCAGUGAACUCGGCGGAGAUAAAAUUGGUAGGCAAUUUCAUAAUCUUCCGGCAAUUAACUGCUCGUAUCAUGUGCUAAGUUCGUGAACAUUCUCGAGGAGCAAGGGAUGAUUGGUAAUAGCUACGACUCCUUUGUUGUAGGUCCUGUCCGACCCUCAGUUGCCGCGGGCAGCUAAAGUAGUUGGUGUGUUACAUCUUAACAAGUAUGAUUUGGAAGUUAUUUCAAAACCCCUGUAAUAAUGAGUGUACAAUAGACGUAAGCUAAAAUACAUUUACAAUACAUGUAAGAUAUUUCGGGGGUCUGAAGUCCUCAUAUUAUAAUAUUUUACAUGUAAUCUUAGUGGAAGUUUGGUGUCGUCGAAAAUCUAUUCAGAAACCAGUGUAUGGGCACGACUUGCAUAUCCCGGAAGUAUGCUGCGUAGUAAUCCUUAUCACAAUCCCGCCUAGAUAAUCUUCUCUAAUCCAAAGUGCGUUUCAGAAUCUCAGAUAAAGUUUUACGAAAUAUGCCACAUACUGCACAAACAAGUAUUUCCUAAUACGAAGUCCAGUACAAUGUUGAGCACCUCGAAACUUUCUAGUGAUAUUUGUUUCUUGUCCAUAUGGCUGGUAGGAAAUUGCACGAGAACACCUUAAGUGUUUUCUCCGAUAUGUUGAGCAGGAUUUUCCCGUUCCAUUAUUUCUGCAAGUAAAUGCAAUGGACAUUGCGAUGAUGGUUUGGCUUAAUUCUGUUGUGAGUGCACCUUUUUAAUAAAAGGUAGCUUUUGAUGAAAAUACGGGUUUUGAAUGGUAGAGCUCAAAUAUACGCUUUAAUUAAAUGACGGUUUAGAAGCAGAUUGAAACCGUCGCUUUUAAGCAAACAACUUGUCUCUGUAAUAUUCAUAAAUCCUGCAGAAAUAAUAACCUAUCUCAUGAAAUGUUGGCUGAAAUUCUGAAAUGCGUUUUCGAUUAGGAAGGAUUACUUGGUCGCGGUUGUGAUACUGAUUAUCGUAAGGCAUGCUGUUAUAACAUUUUGGACUUGGCAGGAUGUCGGCUUUUAAAUGCACCUCUUUUCAAUCUCCUGUAAAAAGCGUGCUCGGUUAAAAAUGACUACUUAAGUAGCAUGCAUUUUUCCCAUUGAUUUUAGAUGGUCUUGUAAAUUCAAAUAUAGUGGUGAAAAUGCGAUUUGAAAUUCAAAUAUAUUUUAUAGGAACCAUAAACAAAAAUAAGCUUUCUUUUGGUCAAUCAAUAGAGCAUCACGUCUUCUUUAUAUUUUAUCCUUAAGGAAGGAGUAUAAUUAGGUUUUAAAAAAGUUUCCAAUUAUGAGACUUUUUAAGACCGCGAUAUGUCCAUUCACAUAGCAUCGUACCUGGCCGUUUACCACUGUUCCUCAUGAAAUUUACAACAUGGUGCGCCUCCAUUGCAAAAUUUUAUGGACCCUGUAUGAUAUCUCUUUAAUGACACAGAAGAAUAUGGGAUUUUCUUUAUGCGAAACGCAUGCGCCUUGUAGAGUGUAAUCACUAAGCGCUAAUGCAACGAAUGAUCAGACUCCAAAUUUUCGGCAAUUAGAAAACUUUUUUAAAACCUAAUUAUACUCCUUCCUUAAGGAUAAAAUAUAAAGAAGACGUGAUGCUCUAUUGAUUGACUAAAAGAAAGCUUAUUUUUGUUUAUGGUUCCUAUAAAACAUAUUUGAAUUUCCAAGACCAUCUAAAAUCAAUGGGGAAAAUGCAUGCUACUUAAGUAGUCAUUUUUUACCGAGCACGCUUUUUACAGGAGAUUAAAAAGAGGUGCAUUUAAAAGCCGACAUCCUGCCAAGUCCAAAAUGUUAUAACAGCAUGCCUUAAGAUAAUCAGUAUCACAACCGCGACCAAGUAAUCCUUCCUAAUCGAAAACGCAUUUCAGAAUUUCAGCCAACAUUUCAUGAGAUAGGUCACGCACUGUAGAAUCUUCAUACACGCCUUUGUGGUUUCUGCAGAGUACAAACGCCGCUACAUGUGAUUGCGACAUUCCAGAUUCCUUCGAAGAAGUAGGAUUUGCACAGUUCUUUCUCCCAUGAGAUGAGUCUAUGAGCAUCUACUUCUGGUAUCAAAUGUAUGACAGUAUCUAAGUUAACCCACAAUACCGAAUAAUCCCUACAAUGAUGUAAUAAUAACUCUAUUACUUAGACAAUACAGGACCCAAUCCAUAUGCUAUUAUACAAAACCGACGAAUAUCGUUAGUCUGAAUUUCUUGAAUGGUUUAUGUUAAAGUAACUAGGAUAAAGAAAAUGCGAUAAAAAUGUAUUUUGAUAUUUCAAUAACCGCCUCCUAAGUCCACGGUUCGGAGCAGGCAGCUCCUGAAUAUUUGACUAAGGAAAAAGGAGGAGAUACUCUGGACAGCAUUGUAGCCAUCUGAAAUUCCUAGCUGUUCCAGUUUUUAUCCCCUCUUCCCUAUCAUACUCUCCUUCAAUACCCUCAAUAUCUACUAAAACAUAAAAAGUGUGCCGGCAUUUCCAGACCUCCGUCAAAGGAGUCGACUAGAAUCAAAGUGUUUUAACAGUUGUAUUGAUUUCGGUUUAUGCAAUUUCAUGGACUUGUGAAUAUUUUGAUCUAGUAUGUGCGCUUUGAUCUCGUGCUAAUUCCUCAUUUUACUUCACAUUUACCAGAGCGAAAAAAUUGGACGGUUGUUGCCCCAUUCUUCGAAACGCCAUAUAACAUUCUGCGUUAGCGUGCAAAAUGUAAUUCCUGGCGUACGACAACCUGUCAUGAGUUAAACUCAACACCACUAAAUGCUUGGUUUGAGAACUCCGAGUUUUGUCUUUUGUCUCUGUGCACGGAUUUGAUGAAUGAAAAACUCACCCGAGGUGACAGGGUUAUUUCAAAAAUGGACGUGGCAUUUUUACAAAAACGUGUGUCCACAAAAGCUGACAUAUUGAUGGAAGUCCAGUUAGAGCAGUACGACAUGCGCUAAAGCAUAGUUUCAACUAGUGGUGGAAAUACGUCGAUUCUGCUUACAUAUUUCGUGAUGUUUCACUGGAACGCGUAGAGACACAUAAUUGCCUUACACCCUAAGACUACUUGGGAAAGUUACGUGCGAAAAGGGAUUUUUUAACGUUCUUAGGGUUAAAGGUAUUUCAAUUAAAUGAAUAUAUGACGAUUUGGACCGAACCGCCAAAUCCUAUUCCGAUGGACUUAGUUAACAUAUAUCCACUAAUUUAUGGUGUAAUUACUGGCCGUUCAUUACUUCCAACCAUUGUUGUCAUUACUGCAAUCAUGCUUCCCGAUUUCUACACAAUUAAGUUUAAGUCAUGAGCGGAUGCUGAGUAACGUUAUAGACACCCUCCAUAUGUCGGAAAUUAAAAGUAAAAGUCGUUUUAAGGAACAUUAUUCCAGUUUUCUGAAGUUUUUAUCCCAACCAAGCAUGUUUUCCUCUCGUUAGCUUCAAUUUUACCUGUUCAGUCAACCAUAAGCUCUUUCAUGGGAGAGAUAACUGUUCACACUGUGUUCGCAACGUGUUUACACAGCGAACGAAUUAUGGUUUCGAAGAAAUCUACACUCGUCUGCUAGUGCUGUUAAUCAACAUUGACAAAGACCGGUUGUCUUGCAUCAAAUAACAGUUGCCUGGUCUAUAUUCGCUGCUGUUUACUGCGGGCUCGCAUCCAACAGCAACGUCUGUCCGCCCAGCAUUCUUAUCCACCAGAUAAAUUAACUUUAGAGAUCUAGUGGUCGAAGUUCCAUGUUUUUUUUCUGAUGUCAAAUGGUGCAAAUACAGAAAAUAUUUCAUUGAAUAGACCCGGGUUUUUUCCGAUGUUUGGCGUGGGAUUGCACCAAGCGGCAAUUUAUUUUCACUCAGCGCGCUCAUCCAUCCUGAUUUGCCACUGAGGUUUCUUACUCGGGAGGACGGGACAAUUGCUGCACUGUGUGAACCUUACCGAAGUUAUUGCUGCUUAGAACGGUUGUUUUCACAUAUACUGCUUCACAGAAUGAUUUGCGUUUGAGGUGCAACCGCAUCGGUCGGUUAAUUCUAAAAGCAUAGGCAAUGCUUCGCGAGGUAUCUGGCUGUUUCACCGUGACCUCAGUGGUGACGACAAAAUAUCUUCACGGCACAAGUGUGAGUUCGAUACAGACAUUCACAUGGGCUUCUUUUAGGCCUCUGCGACUGCCUUUUGGGCUUAUCCAAAAUCGUGACGAUUCAGUUCUGCCAAGCGAUAAAUUUUGUCGUAAUGGUUGUCUAUUGACAUUCGGAUGAGCGUUUGAUGAAUGAACAUCCGUUGUCUAUACUCCGACCACUAAUGUAGGAGAACGUGCACUUGGACAUCAAGUGGUAUACAGUUGUCUAGAUUUUUCGCCUUAUUUAUAGCCUUUUGGGACAUGCGCCCCUCUGUUUACUUUUAUUACUUUGUCUUAAGAAGAUCUCAGUUACUUCAUAAAGUUUAUCCAUUUUUAAGAUUAUCAAUAUGAAGAUUUCGUUAGCCACCGGAAAUUGCAACCAAUCAACGAGCGGGCCUUGUGGAUUAGCGUCGACCUGCCUGGGCAGGGAGAUGGUGAGGAGGAACUACCGGCAUCGUAAGUUCAGUUUAUUUCGUUAUCCAGCUUUUGGUUAAACUGUACUGUCAAACGUUAUAUGUGCGAAUUCUGUGGACACCUCUGCACUUUUGGCAUUGGACACAUCUCAACAAUACGCGUGUUUUAGUUGCCUGUUGCCUGUCAGUUAAAAAAUAUAACGGAAAUGCUUUGGGAAUCCUUGAAACUACGUAACGCAUUUAAGCAUUUCACCUCCAAAUCACGUAAACAGGAAGAAACAGUUCUGAAACUCUCGUGAUAUAUAUAUAUAGGCUGGAAAACGGGCAUCCCAAGAAAUUUAAUUAAAAAUAAGUAAGAUUCUUUGGGAAGGGAAUAAACUUUAAUGACUAAAUUUUCGAGUCUUGUUCCCCAGCUCGUCGUCAGACUUUUGGGCAAUGUACAAAAACAGUUAACUAUUUAACCGUGUCAAACAAGUGAUUCUAUGGUUGGCCGAAGCCUGCGCCAAUGCUCGUCAACGAUUUCGUCAUCCCCUCGGCAUUGGCUGCGCUCGCUUCCAUUUGUCCUUGAGAAAUUUGUAUGUGGCAUCUAGAUCGAUAUGCCGAUUGAUGCAUGCCUCAUCUGAGUGCUUCCAGGAAUUCGCGACCUUUCCUUAUUGGGCAGGCGCUAACAAUGCGGGUGUUCUCCCAUGCAAAUUUGUGUCCAGUGUCCAGUGUGUGCAUAGCCACCUGGGAUAAAUGAUCUCGUCUCCUCACCGCUAACUGAUGCUCAUGUAUGCGGGUAGAGGCGGAUUUCCCAGAUUGCGUACACAGCUUGUACACCCUAAGGACAGGGUUGGCUAUCUUGAUAGGAAAGGUGUUGUCUACAAGAUGCCAUGUUCCAGUUGUGAUGCCGUGUAUUGUGUUUAUAUAUAUAUAUAAUAUGAAAGAUUGGAUUUGUAUAUUUCGCCACUUUGGACUUAAAUUCGGCAAGUAUAUCAAUCUCUUAAUGGAGGAAACCCACUUUUAGAAUAGAACUGCAUGUACCCAAGCUCGAAAGAACAAAUAUUCUGUAAUUUGUUAUCCACAUGUUGCCGCAAGGAAACAUGAGCUACGGCACCUUGCUCAAUUCCACUAAGGUGGUAGUCUGGAAUCGUUGCACCUACUAAAACUCACAUGUAUAGGACUCAUGUUAAUGAGAUCAAAGAAAGCACUCACAUGUAACGGACGUCCUAUAAUGACAGUUCAGCCGCCGUUACCGACGAUGUCCAGCGUGUGCCUCACAGUAAGGUACUAACAAGCACGGUUACGGUGGUAGUAGACUUUUGUACCAUCUACUGUAGUCACUUUUUCUCCCGCCUGAGCCCGGUGUCAAGACACAAUCAAGAAGACGGAAAACGGGAAAGUAGGCGGGUGGCUGGCACGUCAACAUCCGCGCCUGGCGUGUCAUCACACCCCUUUGGUUCACAACAAACACUUGACCAAGAUUUUAACAAACAACAAAAAUGGGUCAAAAAAUGAGCACAAAGGCAUUUGCAGGCAGGCAAUCGGAUGCCAUUUAAUUGCCAGCGCACACCAAACUGCAAGGACAAUACUUUGCCGAAAUGUCGCAAAGUAUAUGCACACAAUCUAGGUCAUAUACUCUCGGACAAUAUGCGCAAAUAAAAGACGGGCUUUAGGGACAAAAGGAAUUUAAAAUCCACCUUUCCUAGGCCAAAAGCGAUAGUCGAAACUGCACACUUCUAAUAACAUUUCAUUUAGUACUUAGUACCUAAGCAGAACUACCUUUUCAUCACCGCUCAAUAGAACUGUUGCAUUUGAGUGACGGUUUUUCUGUGUACUGCCUAUGCAAGUUUUGCUAGCAACAGUAAUUCCUAUGGGUCCUUUGUUUUGAACGUCAACUCUUUGGACAAACUUGCGUUCGAUUACUUCAACUCUUUAACUGCCGUUUAAAAUCCUACACGCUGACCAUUUGAACGUGCAUCGCUGUCUUAAUUUAGGACAGAGAUCCGAAAGCUAUGAAAACACUGUUUUCGUGAAUUUGGCCUGUAAGUCCAAUUUGGCCGUGGCCUAGUGGCCAGUCAAUAGUAGUGAAAAUGCGAUUCCCCGGUGGCAUAUGAAACGAGGAAGAGGCGUUCACCGGGAGGGGUUUAUUGGAAGUCCGACGUUCCGAGUAGUUGAGUCAUCUACCCAUCUUCAGGGACUGGGAAGUCCUGCACUCUGUUCAAUGCGUGACCCACCAAUGCCGCCUAUGUGGCUGCAUCCAACCCCCGUGUCACUGUGACCUGAAUCGCCCCCGUCGGCCGCGGAGAUGACUGACGGCCCCGGUUGUCCCGAGCCGUGACUGUCCCCCGUUAAGAAGGUUCUUAAAGUCAGAUAGGGGGGAGGCAAAUUGAUGUGGCGGUUGACGGAGCCGUCGGUGGACAUCCAGGCUUCUUGCACUUGCUUGCUGUGUGAUCACCGCCCCAACCCACAAUCUCAACGGCGUCAAAGUUGAAGAUGUGUCCCAUUUGCGCGGCAUGGGUUGCUACCUCCGACUUUGGGUCCAACCUUCUCAGGGCCAACUUAUGGCUCAACAAUCCGCCGGCAAGUGAUGCGGCCAAAAGAUCCGAUCCCUAAGUAGGAGAUGUCGGCCGUUGUCCACCGACUUCAAUGCAGCUACGGAAGGUGCAACUACUUUGGGAAACCGGCGGACGGCUGCAAACGCGAAUGCACGAGCAUAAGUUGGCUGUGUGAAGGUUGGACCCAAAGUCGGAGGUAGCAACCCAUGCCGCACAAAUGGGACACAUCCUCAACUCUGACGCCGUUGAGAUUGUGGGCGGGGGGAGGACGAUGAUCAUCAAAGCCGUAUACUCUCGGACACUAUGAGCGAAUAAAAGACAGGCUUUAGGGACAAAAUGUAUUUAAAAUCCACCUUUCCUAGGCCAAAAGCGAUAGUCUAAGCUGCAGACUUCUAAAAACAUUUUAUCUAGUACUUGGCACCUAAUCAUAACUACCUUUUCAUCACCGCUCAAUAGAACUGUUGAAUUCGAGUGACGGCUUUUCUGUGUACUGCCUAUGCAAGUUUUGCUAGCAACAGUAAUUCCUAUGGGUCCUUUGUUUUGAACGUCAACUCUUUGGACAAACUUGCGUUCGAUUACUUCAACUCUUUAACUGCCGUUUAAAAUCCUACACGCUGACCAUUUGAACGUGCAUCGCUGUCUUAAUUUAGGACAGAGAUCCGAAAGCUAUGAAAACACUGUUUUCGUGAAUUUGGCCUGUAAGCCUAAUUUGGCCUUGGCCUAGUGGCAAGUAUUUUGGCUGAUUCAGCAACCAUCAGCCACCACCAAAUCACACAUUCUGCCAAGGCUCCCGAAUGAGCACAAUCCUGCUUUCUUAGAAAUUGAAUGGGUUGCCCAUAUCUUUUUUACUUUUGGGAAAAUUCUUUAAAUAUACACCAGCUAAGAAUUUAGUCACGAGACAGUGAAUGCGAAGUAGUAGUAAAGAAAUCAAAAGCCAUAGAUUGGUCAUUUUGGGAAACCAAGCAACAAAAUACGGUAAGGGUGCUGUCUCAGAGAAUGUUAGCCGGUAUCAUCGGAUGUGCUUUCGAUUCAAAAACUUUACUUAACUAGGGUUGUAAUAAUAGUUAUCUUGCAGGAGAAUCCUAAUAUGUUUGCGUCGCAUCAGAGUGCCGUUUAUUUGAACAAAUUCUAUUCAAAUGCCUUCGGAAACUGCACUCAAUAAAAAUGUCUCUUUAUGUAGUGUAAAUCUUUCUUACUGGUUUCCGGUGUUCCAUGAAUUCGGGUAUUUUUUAUGCAAAUAUUUUUCACUAUAUCCAUUAAAGAUCAUACUACGUCAACUUUAAAUUUUAUUCUUAAGGAAAGGGUGUCGUCUGGACUCCCAACAAGUUUGAACCUGACCCACCGUUACACUUAAAUUCACGGUUUCCUAACUUUACGCCGUGCAUUUUCUCAUAAAUAUAAUUAUUUAUUUCCAAACCUUGUUAAAAAGAUGUCAUAUUGGGAUUAUUCAGGUUUUCAAUUGAUGUGGAUUAUGCUUAUAUUUUUAAAGAAUUUUAAUAGGUGGGCAUUUGCGAUGAUCUAUGAAUGUACAUGUCACGGUCUUAAAAAUCUGAUAGUUGGGAAUCUUUUGGAACGGUAAAAUGUCCCCUCUUCGAGUAUACUACUUACAAAAGACGCUAUUUGCCACAAAAGACUUCAAAGUGUCUGCUUAUUUUAGUUGAUCGAGGGUCAGUUCUGCAAAGGAACUCGAGAAUAAAAAUAACUACAACAUUUUUAAAAAUUUUAAAAACGAUUUCUUUCACAAUUGCGCAUAGGUUUUCACGGAAAAGAGUUAGGUCUACGAUCGGAUUCUAAAUCUGUCGAACAUCAUAGUUUUCUUUUUUUCCAGCCUAGUGACGUUGAGGACCUACCUCUGCGAAAACGUUUCCGUGACUGAUCUGUUAUCCACAACAGACCCACCCGCUGGUUUCAGUUUUAAUGUUUUAUUGCACUGUCGAAGUCUGAAGAGACUAAAGCAAAGUUUUUUCCCGAAACAUUUGGCAAUCAAAAAACUUUAUCGAAACAGUUGAGAAAGGCUGCUUGCUUUAUGCACAACCUGAGAACGUCUUAAGGUAGAUUUUUUCUUAGCCCAAGUGAUUCACUUUGGAAUUGUACCCAAUGGCAUCUGAGCUUCUUUAACUGGCAAACUAUGUCAAAGAUUGACCUGUGUUGAUUUUAUGAAAUGGUCAAAUUUUGAAUAGUAACUACCAGUUUACUUUAUGUGAUAAGUAUACGUCAGCACCUACCUUACCUGUACUUGGUACGGCUGCGAUCAUGCCCGUUCCAGCCGGCUUCAGUGACGUCCCGAACUGUACUUCUCCACGUAUGACGACCCGCGACAGCGGGUCCGGACAGUUCAACCCAUUCUCUUCGCCAACGACGGAGACUGCAUACCGAAGGUCUGAGAACAACUUUCGUGUUUUUGCUAACUGUGUCGCUCGAGCUUUUGAGUUGACCCCCACUUUGACGCCUGACUUUGGGCAGCAGUGUCGGAUCGAGGGCAGGAGCAUUGAGCUCCUGAUUUGGACGACGAUGAACGUGCCCAAAUCACCUCCGUCGCCUUUCUUGGUUGGCCUGGGUUAUUCUUGCGAUGUCGUUGCUGGGAGUGCGGUCUGUCUCAUUUGAGACAGAGUCGGUUUACUUCACUCAAAAGGAUAGUCCUCAAGCAGUGAUGGUCAAAUGUCUCCAUUCUUAUUUUGUCCUCCACGCGCAAAGCCGAGCAUUCACAACCAGAGAGUAGGAAAACCGGACAGAUGCAUGGUACGCGCGAAUUUUGGAUGGCGAUGAGAUGUCGCGACUAAUCUAUAUGCCCUUCCUAAGGCUUGAGAAAACCCGGCGUGUAACAUCGAUUCGGCAGACAAUGUUGUUCUUACUCUGUCCGUUCGGCAGCACCCUCGGCUCGAUAUAGUAAAAAACUGUCUACUUCUUCAAGGUGAUAGUCGUCAAUCUCGAGAGUUGUCUUUUCCUGGUCAGGGAUCUAGCUUGAAAACACUUUGGUCUCUCUAACGUUUCUGGGCAAGCCAACCAAUUUAGCGAUAGCGUCCACCCGCAACACCGUAGACUGCAGAUCACCAAAAUUUGAAGCUGCUAAGGGAGUAGCAUCGGCAUAGUCGAGAUCACUCAGUCAGCGCCCGGACGCAAACUCAUUUUUGUGUAGUGUCCUCCCGAGAAUCUAGUCAAUAGCGUAGUUGAACAAAAUGGAUGAGAGGAUGCAACCUUGUCGAACUCCACUGUGAAUACCGGACGCUUGAAAAAGAUUGUUAUGGGUCAGAACUCGCGCAGUAGUGGAGCGGCAAUAGACCUUGAUCAUGACGACGAGUUCUGGCGGCACACUAUCUUCUGUCAUUAUUUACCACAGGGCCCACAAUGGAUGGAAUCUAACGUGGAAAAAAAGUCAACAAAACAGACGGUCUUCGGUUGUUGCCAGCUAUGGUGGAAUUCAAAAAUGCGUCUCAGUGUUAAUAUCCUGUCUGCGCAUCCACGCACAGCAGGAAAUCCGGCUUGGUUGGGCCUCGUCUUAGAGUCACACAGAGCCUGGAAUCGCUUGAGUAGAACAAUAGCGAAGAUCUUCGCAGCAACGUCGAUGGUACUUAUGCCGUAGCAAUUCUCGCAUCUUGCCUUAUCUUCCUUUCGAAGGACAGGCAGAAGGAUGCCCGAACCCCAGUCAUUAGGAACAAAGUCGUCUUCGCACGCUUAUUCAGUCACCUGAUGGGGCUGGGACGCCAGGGUGUUGACACAGGGCUCGUGGAUUUCAGCGGGUAAACCGUCCUCUCUGGUUGUCUUGUUGUUAUGUAACCCCUGUAUGGCAUCGGCAGUUUCUUCAGAAGGGGUCGCAUGACACUGCAUAGGUUGGAGAGGGAGGAUAAUCCGCUGCUGAGGAGAGCACGGUUGUGGUGACUGGGUAUUGAAGUUGAGAGGGUGCUCGAGGUGCUCACGCCAGUGCUCGACCUUGGCCCAGUUUUCACCAAUAAGGCCAUCAUUCAAGUCGUGAACAGGGUCACCCAGUGCAGAGGGCUUACCACUAACAUAGCGGACAAACUAGGAGAGUUUUUGAUUGUCACAAACUUUCGAGGCCUGCCUCAUGCAAGUAGCUACUUCAGUCCAAUAUUUGUUUCGGUCAUCCAUGGCCGACUUUUUUGUCACUUCCCGGGGUUGGCGAAAGGAAUCAUCAUUAUGCUACCUGACUCGAACCGUCUGAGCAGAAAACUGCAGAGUUCUUCCAUUGAUCCAGUUGCUGCGACGUCGUUGGGUAUAUCCAAAAAUUUUCUCAGUUGCCCCAUAUAUUGAUGUUUUUAGUGACAACCACUAAUUGCUGUAGUCUUCGCCGAUUCUGGUCGUAUAAAACGACGGAAUUUUCUACUCCGGGCUUCGGCAGUCCUGGGUCGUCGUAUUUUUGUGACAUCGAGGCGUCUAGCACGUGACAUUUUGGGCAUGAAUGAGCGGUCAACCUUGAAGUGCGUACGAGCGAGGACAUGGUCUGACCCAUGGGAGUAACCAGUUUCGGCACGAUUCCUAAAAUUCCCAACCACACUCGAAAGGGCAUGUUUCCGUAGCCUACUGUAAGAGCGUUCGACCUGCAUUCGCACUGAUCUCCUGACUAAUUUACGUCGCAGGUCUUGUUGGCGCAAAGUUUUGGUUAGAAAUGAAUGAUAGUAAAUAAGCCAGCGAUGAUUAUUCCAUUUUGUGGUGUCGUUAGAAUGAUUAUUGUUCAUUUUUGACCGUAAGAAUCGUAUAAUCAAGUCGCGCUGCACUGAAAUAGUACAUUUUGACUUGGCAACUCAGAAAAUGAAUCCUUCUGUCCUGUUUCUAGUCCUUUUUGAGGGUAUUGGUAGGCAGCGUAAUCUUGGACAAAUUGUCAUCUUUUUUAAUCCUAAAACAUGUUGGAUGCAAGCAAGCCAGUAGGUUCUUAUGGAUUCAAUUGACAUUCCAUUGUAGAUUUUUCACUUAAGCGGCCUAAAAUUGAAUUCAAUUUUGAGCUUUCACUUACUAAACCCACUAUCGUGCUGCCUUAUUACAUAUAGUAUGUAUUAUAAAACACCCAAUUGUCCCGACUUUUCAUGACAUUCUGCUUAGUCGCUGUAAGUUCAAACCUUAUUAGUUGAAUUUAGUACGAAAGCAUCAUAAGUAAAAAUAUUACUACAGGGUCUGCUGCGUAAGUUGCGACUGUAAACUUUCUGAUGUAUUGUCGAACAUUUAAAUCGCCAGUUUCGAUUCAUCUCUCCUAACAUUACGGUUAUAGCCCUCGUACAAGAACCAUUAUUUAUCACUCGUGACAUCCUGUAAAAAUACCGCUUUAAGCAUAGUAUCUGGGAGACUGGCGUGGAAUCUUUAUUAUUUUCGCCUAAGGAGUUCAGAUUUUUAUUUUUCUAGUUCGUUAGUUUGGUUUCUAUCAUGCAAUAGGCCCCAAUUAUGAAAUGCACUAAUACCCCCAUGAAAUAUUGAUAAGUUCACGAAAAAUAAACAAGGAGCCGGAAACCGACCCAAAUGCUUCGUAUAAAUUUUUUGAUAAACUGUAUGCACAAGAGGAAGUAUUCGUUGGUUAGAACUGAUGUUUUUUUGAAGAUGUAAAAUGUCGCAAUCGCGGGAGUUCGUUUUCAAUAAGUAAGCAUGAUCGUGGAAGUGCACAGUCCUUUUCUAUCCAAAAGAGGAGUAAAUAAAGUAGCGUGAGCACAGCAGGAUUUAAAAGGCGCUUUGAGGUAAUCCUCUGGCCGAGCGUUCUCCCAGGAUUAGUGGAUUCCACGGUAUGACGGCCAGUCGAUCCUCUUGCCCUUACCAACUUCCAGCAAAACGUUGUUAGGAAUUUUCGAUGUACUUUCACAUUUUCAUGUCGUCCGAGGUGCCGUUGAAAGGAAUUUUCUUAAUUUCGCAGGUAAGAGGCUUCGAGAUGUUGUCACAUAUUGAAUCCUGAGCGGUGAUAACUAAUUGCGACUAAAGUCAGCAGAUAUGCUGUUUCCUGCGUAUGGGGAUAAACGCCCUUCCGAAAAAUUACUGAAUACUUUCUUGUGACAGGUACAAUCUAAUAUAUCUCCUUGAUUUCAUUAACUUGAACGGGGCCAUUUAUCAAAAAAUACGCGCAUACAUCUAUAUGCGUUUUAAAACAUAUUCAGAAUAUAAAGUAAAGUUAGCUUACGGUUAAGGACUACAUUUUUUGCCUGAAUAAAUACAGUAGCAACAUUCUGUGUGGUCUUUAACGUAACGCGCCCGACUACGUAUUAAACUAAACAGCGUUCCAUUGAUACCAGAAGGUUCAUUUUGAUUUCGCUUAACACGUUUUGCUGGCUCGGUUGCCCGCUGAUCAUGUUUGCCUGGGGCUUUUAGGGUCUUCAAAUUCUAAUACCAGAUCGUAUCAAGUUUCUGUCAAGUUGAGUGGCACAGAUUAGUGUGAGCCUUUCUUUGUGCACUGUGAGUGAUCUGCUGGUGUUUUAAGAUGAGCAGUUGCAUAUUUGUAUAAUUGUUGACGAUAGAAUUAGAUCUUAAAAACCUAAGGUCCAAUCUCAAAAGUAAACAGGACCUAAGGAAAUCACUCUUCAGAAAAAUACUUGCUUUGUACUUAUCUCUUAUUGGUGCACGAUUAGUUCAACUUGGACACGGUAUAUCAAGUCAUUUUAAGUUGGUGUAGGUUGGAUAAAGACUACGAUCAUGUAAGGGCCACUGUCUAAGACUCCGGACAAAUAAUUGCUCUAAGCAAUCAGCGAAAUUCAGUAGGCAAAUGCUUGGUCAUGCAUAUACAUCAUUAUACUUUUGGAUUUUGCUUGAAACAUAAGCAGCCACUUAAUGAUAGCAAAAAUGCGAGUCUCCAGUGACAAAUCAUAAGAAAUAGGGGCGUUCAAUUGGAGAGGUUAUUUGCGGUCGGACGUUUUAAGUAACCAUUUUGACUCCUUCUAUUAGCAAAAACAAUUUUGCAGUUUCAUUUUUCGCUCUACAGGUAACAACGAAACCCGACAAAUUGUCUAUAUAGAGAUAUUUCCUCAUCUCUUGGAAUUGAACCAUCUAGUCGUGGGACACUUAUGUGGAUUUAAUACUUCAUUAUUAGCUUUUAAGUUAAAAACUGCUUUACAGUCCCCCAAAAACCAUGAAUUCAAUAAUAAAUCCCACCUUUCACUUAUAUCAUCAUCAAUGCAAUUUUGGCCUGCUAAUAAUGGUUCACAUCAUAUGUUUGCUAAAAGUUCACCAGGUUUUUGUCAAGACGAACUGACUGUUGAUAUUGCGCAGCCAGUUGCCCUGCUCCAUUCUUCUGCCAUUAACACAUGCCAAAGGGUCAGCAUCUCAUCGCCAUCGACAGAAAGGAGUUCAAGGGAGCUGUUGAGUAAAAAGAUCCAGUCGCUGUAACAAGAAAGUUAUUGGUCUGACUUUUGGGAUUCUCACUCUUGUCUGUCAUGAAUCAGUCGCAGAUAAGAGUCAUGGAGGCUUAAGUAAAGCAGUAAUAAUGAGGGAGGGGCAGUUAACAUGCCAUCACGUCUUUUAUUAGCAGUAUCCGCUCUCAAGAUAGGGGUCGUAUUUAGUGCAAUGAUUGCAUGUUAGUUCGCAACUCACUCGUUAAUUGCCGCAAUCUCAUAAACGCUGUUGAUUCUUUCCGUGAUAAUUACCCGGCAAUUUGUCCCGCUGUCACUGGAUAGCCGGACAUACGGCAGCACUUAGGAGGAAGGACGCCAGCUGUUAGGUCGCGGCUCUUAAUACGGGACCCAUCUGUACCCUCGAGUCUGACGAGGCUGAAUUUCUAGUUAGAGAUGACAACUGCAUGAGCCGCAGGAUGCUUGGGUCACGGUCCUCCGGCCCACAAUCGAUUAACAAACGCAUCGAUCUCCCGACCCCAUAUUCUGUGUUAAGACUGUCUGGGCAAAGCUAUGGGCCACAUAGAGAGAGCGCAGGCGGCCGACAUUUUCAGUGACAGCGAGUCAGCCUUUUCAGUAGUUAUCCCGCCAUGAUUCAGUAACGUGGAUGAAAUUACGGCUAUUAAUGCCUUGAUUGCGGACUAGCAAGCGAUGAACGCAGGUGCUGUUAACUACGCAGGCUGUGGUUGCAGGACAACGGUGUCUUGUAUAACCAUUACACUCCUUGCGUCUCCAUCACCCUUAUCUCAGACCGUCUCAGGUAAUUGGUUCGAGUGAGAACCCGAAGCGCCAAAUGAUAUACUUCUUAUUCCAACGCUUGCAGCUCCUCUUGAACCUUAUCAUUAUUCAUCUGCAAAAAAUUAAGGUAAAUAGUUUUACAUGUUUUCACUGCACUGAACAGUUUACAACGAUUUCCAAUAAGAUUUCUUUUUAAAGCGAGUCGGGUCUGGCACUCGAACAGCUAUGAAUAAAUCAAAUGCAAAAGUGUUCGCCUUUGUAACCAAUGAUUUGGGGCCAUGGAUACCUAGGUAAUGCAAAACGUUCAGUGUUUAGCCUUUAAAGGUCUUGGCAUAUUUUCAUGGACAAAAAGUAAAAUUGAACAAAAUUUAGCAACUACGAUGCAAACAGACUGAAGUUUUCAUUUUCGGUUUAUCUGUCGUCAAAGGUCUCCCACAGACUAAAAGGACUGAGAAUUUGAACGUUCUAUCGGAUGAGGCACGGAUUUUCAUAAAUUUGGCCGAGAUCGGUAUUCCCCAAAUGACGCGGCGAUAGCAUUUUUCCGAUCUGGCCCAUAUAAGAGGACUCUAGACACGUACCCAAAGAUCGAAGGAAGCUUACACAUUCCGUUAUGCGAAAAUCAUAUAAUAACGAUCAUCGGGAACAAUUCCACAUACACGCGUUUCUCUAAUUCCAUAAUUGAGAUACAGAUGGCAGCUGAGACCAGACGCAGAAUUCUCCGGCGUAAAUAAUUUUUUGCUUUCUGUGAAAUGACUGGAUAUUUUACGAUUUGUAAAUUUAUUUAGCCCACUGGAGGAUAAAUUGUAAAAUUUAUUCUGCAUGCUUUUAUCAUAAUUACGAAUUAGCAAGAAGCUUCUUACGCAUUUACACAACUAUUGGAGAAGUGAAUCAGAAUAUCGCUCUUUUCUUUUAACCUACGCGCAUAUCAAAAUUAUCGUACGUCUUCCUCGCCCGUUUUGUCAGAAACAAUCCUAAAAAAAUAGCCAGACAAACCUGUUUUGAAAACCAUAAGGUUUUCUGGCUCAUACUUCAUGUUUUGAUGCUGCUUUCUAUUUUAUAGCAUACAGUCUAUCUUUGGUUGAGUGGUAUCGCUUCAAACACUGCAGCCACCAGCUUUUCCGUUCAUCCAAGUACUAGCGUCUCAUAUCUGACUCCGGAUCUACCCCUUCCGACCCUUUUGCAGAAUGCAUCCCUCUGUAGUUUAUAACGGUUACAUCUGAUUGAAAAGAAGAACGUGAUCACGCUAAGCGACUGCAAUCUUCACUUUGGCGCGCGCUUUUUCCCAAGUCGGCGCCGUUUCUGAUUGAAUGCCACCGUUUUAUUUCUAUGCAAUUAGCAGGCGCACAAAUACUUUUUGAAAAAAUCUGUCAGUCGACGUGGCGAAAUGAUGAAUCUACCUAUCCUAAAGAACCUUUUUUCUUUGUUUUCAUCGGAAUCCGUUUUUUAAUGUCGGUUAUAUUAUUAAAAUUCCUGAGGUGUCCUAUUAAAGUUUGACAUUUUUCGUAUAACGAACAGAGCCCAGGUACUCUUUACGUAUGGGUUGCCGGCAGUUUAGGGUGUCUGCGAAACUUUGCUUCUAUAUUGUAAAACCUUUGGGAUGUCCUUUUCUGAGGCAAACUCCUGACGUUGAUUUAGAAGUCAAGAAUUCUGAUAAAACGAAAGUUUUGCAUUAUCUAUAUAAUUACCUAUUAUCUAGUCACUGCAUUGCUCAUGAAGGCGAGCUAAUAGCUUUCUACGGAGAGCAGACGUAUUAAUCAGGCACUGGUUUAGAGUUCUGAUAUCUUGCAGAAAAUAUGAGCUCGUUGACUGUCGAUUGCCGACGUCACUAUAUUAGUUAACUAAUCCACGUCCGGGCUGUGUGCGCCUGUUCUGAACUUUUCGAUUUAGAUGGCACAUUGAAUAGAUCAAUGAGACGGGUGGAGGUCGGAUUUUGACUCUUCGGCGGUCAUAGCGCCUUAUAACAAGUGCCUGACAGCUAGAAUGACCGAAGUCAAGACAAGCUGACAUGACCUCCUGGAGCUUACAGUAGGUGGGCUAACUCAUGAAAUGUUAACCUAAAUUCCGAAAUGCGUUUUCGUUUCGAAAAGAUAAAUUAAGUAGGCUUGUAAAACUAGCCAAUCUGCCGUAUAAUUCGAUAAUAAUAUAUUUGUCUCGGGAUGCCGGCUUUCGAAAGAACCUCCUUCCGGCUGCACGCAAAAACUCUGUAAAAAAUGACUACUUAUGUAGCAUUAAUUUUUCACUUGGACUUUCCAUGCCCCCAAAUUUCCAAUCAUAUUUCAUGGAAAGCAUGCAUAAAACGAUUCAUUCAUUUGCUCAUUCGGUAGAAAAUUACGUCUUCUUCCAACCUUUUACUCGAAGGAACAGUAUAAUUCGGCUUUCAAAAGCGUUUCCAAUUCCUGAAUAAUUUUCAGCCCGCUCUGCCGUCACACUUUCGUUCAGGGUUUCCAACCUACAAGCCGUAUAAUUUCCGCGUAAGAAAAACCACACUCUUCAACGGUAGUAAGAGGAGACCAUAUGCGGUUUAUAAAAUUUGGCAUUGGAUUUGAUCCAUAGAGUUAACUUUACGAGCCACAUUGAUAAAUGCAGAGACAUGACGUUUUAUGAACGGCCAUUUCAUGGUAUUAAAAAGUCAUACAAUAGAAAACUUUUUAAAACCUACUUAUGUCCCUCCUUCGAGUAUAAAAUUAUAAGAAGACGUAAUUAUGUACCGAAUGAGUGGAAGAAUAAAUAUUUUAUGCGUGUUUUCUAUGAACUAUAAUUGGACAUUUAGGGUCAUCGAAAAUCAAUGAGAAAACUGCAUGCUGCAUAAGUAUUCAUUUUUACAGGGUAUAGUUUUUGCAUGCAGUCGAAUUGAAGUGUUUUCCAAAGCCGGUAUCCUGAAGUAACUGAAUUAUUAUAGAAUUAUACUGCAGGCUGAUUAGUUUUACAGCCCUAAUUAAUUAAUCUUUUCGAAGCGAAGACGCAUUUCGGAAUUUCAGUUGACAUUUCAUGAGUUAGCCUACCUACUGUACAGCUUUCCGAGCCGAACCACAACUUUUGGAAUUCCUGGAAAAUCAUUGCCAAUAUCCGAAUGUAUUUACGCCGUGCAUGCUUUCGUAAUUUAAAAUGAGACACUAACAUUUGAGAAAUAUUAACAUGUGCGAACUUUAUUACGAAAUGGCUUUUAUAAAUGCCUUAAACAAUUUCCCUCUGCUGAUCCAAGCGAUCGACUCUCUUUCCUCGGAGCUAGACCGUGUUCGGUUUUUUAUUUAAAAAUGCCUAAAGUGUAGCAUAAGUGGCGGCUGGGCAUCGAGGAGAGCACUUGCUGACGCUCGCAGUUGGUGAGGUCGCUGUUCACUUCGAUCCAUUAAGUGAGGAAAACAUUUUUUAAUUAUACACUUCCCUGGUAUAUUCACAUGAGGAAUUCAUUCACUCUCAUUUAAGUCCGAAGUUAACACGUUCCUCCUCAGUUCGACAGGUCACUGAAGAAUGCGUACUGUACAGAUACGUUUCAGGACUGGGGCAGAAAUUUUAUGACUAGAUUGUACCCUCUCACACAUGCGGCAAAAUACCCAUGAAAGUGGUUUGCAAACUUGCUGUGUGUUAUUCUGCAGACGUAGCUAUGAUUGCAAUUUAUAUUCUUUCAGAAACACAGUGGUUCAAAACGCUUUCAAGGGCAGAAUUAUCAUUCUAUUUUAUUUACAGGUGUUGUACCUUUCCUAUGGGAGAGUCUGUUCAUAUUACAGAAUUUCCGUGACAAACGUUAGACGUAUCCGUAUAUGAUUAGCAAUGAGAAGAAGAAAGUUGUGAAUUUUUGUGAUAUUUUUGGACGUAAAAUGUAAUUUCAUUGAAGAUUAUACUGUUUUGGUCGAAGUAUAUACGAAAACAAAAGGUCUUUCGAUGAGCAAACUGGCAGAUAUCCCGGUGUUUGAAUUUGCAUGUGCAUUAUUAUAUUAAAAAUUGAUGGAGCAGGGAAUUUGGCCAGAAAGUUGGAUAUUUCAUGUGUGCCUGAUCGCCUGUCAUUUGUAAAAACUUUCUCAUGUGCAUUUUAUUUUGUUUACUUCCUCGCUUAGGAAAUUUUCAUCGUAGCUACAAACGUUAGUUUGCGGAGCUUCGAAGGACAAUUUUUUGUUUCGUAUAUACGAUCUUCCAGUCGUUCUUUAUUCGCUUUGUAUAUUUUCUACUUUUUCAUCACGUAAAAUGCAGUUGACGAACUCAGACAGUUAUGCUGCGUUUCCCUUUAAUACAAAUAUGCUGUCGCACAUAACGGCCACCUGCGAUUCGCCUAUGAGUGCUCUGGCUCGGAAGCUACUUUUCACGCACAAACACACAUCUAUUUCUACCAGGUAACAUUUUGGGUUAAGGCAAUCACUUAAAACAACAUAAGAGGGCUAGUAACUGACAUACGUUUGCAUUUGACCCUUUUCCCUGAUUGUUCUUCUCGUGUGAUGCUAAUGGACUUAUGUGUGCGCUUCAAAUCUCAGAAUAUUGCGCGUUUUGAUGCUUAACGUUGGCAUGCAAAUUUGAGGUACAGUUUGUAAAAAACUGAUAUGACACAUGAACUUAAAUGAUUGAUGACUCGUAAGAAUGUUUCACAAGGUUUGCUAGGCCAUAGUUACCUCACAGGAAAUGCCUUGUAUCAGCAUACAUCCUUACUCACUUGGUUUAUUCCAAACUUAGGGAAGGCCAGACGCUCACAAACGCUGUUGGUACUUUAAUGUAACUCUAGUUCUUUAUUCAAAUUAAGUAAGCGACCUAGCAAACGAUUUGCAAUGAGACCUUUAAUUGUUCAGCAUUUCCUAGCAACCGGGAAACAACAAACUGCAAGUUGCGUUGGCUGAGUUUUCAAUGACCUUUGUCAAAACAAAAGCGGUCUGCCAUUGUCAAACUUAGUGAAAACAGGCCAUAAAAUACAAAAGGUAAUUCUAUCCUCCAUGGGCUCAAGUAAAGGGAAGCCAUUAUGGCCUUGGAGGGAUGGAAAAUGUUGCAAAACUCCAGCGAUUUGAGGAUCAGAUAAAUUGUUGUUUCAUGUCCCUUUUCUAGAUACUAUACCAAUGUUUUUUGAUAAAUUUGAUUAUUUUGUGUUCCAUUUAAAAACUUACAGCCGCCAUAAAGACGGAAAAAUUCUUCUUAUUUCAUUACACGCAAUAUACAUAUACAGAGAGAGUUUGGGUAGCCUAACACCUAUUCUUUGGCGUGUGGUAUGCAUAUUUAACUGUUCCUUAGAUCUCUGCCGUUUACAAUGGUUCGAUUUCGUUUAUGGCUUUGGCGAUAGCCCACAUGAUCUUGAAAAAUAAUUCGUUAGUUUUCGUGAUCUAAAAUAAAGUUCAGUUGAGUCAAAAGAUAGUAGAAAGUGGAAGAUUCCGUUGCUAUCUUUCUGAUGUCUGUUUGGGCUGUUUGUAGGUUUCUGACCCCUUUAUCACAACUUUGCGUUGUCGGUAGCUAAUUUAAUUUUCUAAUUACUCUUUUUCACUUUCUACUAGCUACGUUUAUGAGCGAAGUCACCUUAUAGUUUGUAUUUAUUACUUGUGAACUUAUGGCACGCUAAUGACACUGAACUUGAGUGACACAUACGCAGAGUCAGCCAACCUACCAUCUGUCCAACUGUCGUAGUGGAAGCUAAAUGCCUCUACUACUUUACGUGUGCUUACUCCUCUAACUUUGAACUUGAAUUUCCGUUUAUGGAUAUGUGGGUGCCCAAACAUGAAAUAGCCACGUAUUCCAGAAUAACAAGCUUGUUGUUUGUAGCCAUAUUCAUUCAACAAAACAUGAAGAACGUUGAAAAUAAUAUUAAACUCGCUACAACGUCAUCGUAGCAAAAGUAGCGGUGUUUAAAUCACGGAGCUGAAAUUUGCAUCUGUAAACUCGACUUGCGAAAAUAAACAGAUUUUUACAUGCGAAACAUGAGAAACGUUUUCGUGUCUAGGAAGUAUGUGGCUUUAUAACCAAUAAGCAUGGAUCGGCGCCGUAAGAUUCGAUCAUAAUGCCAAACAAUAACGCAUCUUUCCGGAGCCCGUACAUGUUUAAAGUUCUGCACGCUGAAAGCAAAUUCGAAAAAGCACAUCUGUUUACUUAGAAUACAGAUAUUGUAGAGUUGUGAGUUUUAUCUAAAUUGCUUAAAAAGCUUUAUGGGGUUGCUAUGGUUCCUUUUUGAAUUUUUUCAUUUUAUCGCUGUCAGUCGUACCUUUUUUCAUUUUUGUACAAAUUUUCGACACUCGCCAGUUUUCUAGUAGCUGGAAAGCAAAGAACAUUAAAUCGGUCUAGCCCAAUUUUAUUAUGCUAACGUAUUUGACGAAUGAAUUUCGGCUUACGUCGCCAAGGGAAUUAUUUUAAGGAGCCAACUUUUUAUGAUGACUUUUGACUGCCGCUCCAGUCCUUUGUACUAUUAACUAUCUCCGAACAAACUUGCUAAUACUUACAGUGCGUGACCGAUCUCAUAAAAUGUUAGUCGAAAUUCUGAAAUGCGUUUAGACUAGGAAGGAUUAAUAAGGUGGCGUAUAAUGUCUAUAUAUACAGCAUGGCACGUGUCCGUUUACCAAAUAGUCCGUAGCCAUUGCCAAAUUUUAUGAACUCUAUACAGGAUCUUCUGAGAGGCAUAGAAGAAUAUAUGAUUUUACUUACGCGUAACGCAUGCAACUUGUAGACUGAAAUCGAUAAACGCUAAUGCAACGACUACUGGGGCUCGAAAUUAUUCGGGAAUUAGGGAACUUUUUUGAAACCUAGAAUUACAAUUUCUUUGGCAACAAAAUUGAAAGAACAUGUGAUUUUCUAUGAAACAAGUAUACGAAAGCAUAUUUAUGUGCAUGUCUCGCAUAAAAUAUAUUUGAAUUUCUUUGACCAUACAAAAUAGGUAUGAAAAGUACAUGCCACUUAAGUAGUCAAUUUACCGAGUACGGUUUCUGCAGGAGGACAAAAAGACGUGCAUUCAAAAGCCGACAUGCUAGCUUGUCCGAAAUACUAUAGGAUUAUGCUACAUAAUAAUUAAUUUUACAACGCCAUUUUAUUAAUCUUUCCUAGUCGAAAACGCAUUUCAGAAUUUCGACUAACAUUUCAUGAGAUCGAUCACACACUGUAAAAAGUGCGUUCAUCGUUCUAAUUAACGGGUCGUUCAACUAAUUCUGUUUUGGUACUCCAGAUAGAGCCCCGGAGGCAGUGACACUGCCACUAGUAGUAGGGGCAGAGGGAGAUUAUCGGUCAUGCCAAGGGACAUUGAGAUGAAAAUUUUUGGCUCUUUAGUCGUCAUUUGUCAGGCAUACCCUAAUCCAGGUUUUCAGUACCUGUACGUUCUUUUCUCGAGCCUUAUUAGGCCCAAAGCCCUGUCAAUUAAACUGUGGGUUCGUUUUCCGGCCGUUCAAAACCGGAGAUGUCAUAUUUGAAGCACGUGUAUUGAUCAGGCUACGGAAAUGCCCAUCUCAUUGUGUUUUGAGGCCUGAUUUAGAUUCCUUCAUGCAGUAACACAGCGACUAGUAAGUAUAGGCAGAAUUUAAGUUCUAUAGAUUAUACUAUUGGUUGGCAAGGCGACUGUAGGAGUGUAAGGAUGCAAUUCACCUUGAACGAAAAUGUCCGCUUAGUCAGUUGCCUAAAAGAAAACAGCGCCCUCUCGGUCAUGAUUAGGAAUGAAGUAUUCCACGGCAGUUUUGCUUGUCUAGCACUUCUACGGUGAACAUUAAUGUCCCUAAAACGCCUUUCGCAACAUUGAUUGCAACGAACUGUCCAUUUGUACUAAGACAUUGCGCUCAGAGUAAUUCUUGGUUUACGCAAACGACCACGGAGGAUGGGGCUACUAUGUAAUUGAGGAUGCUCAUCAGACCUGACAUGACAAAGGAAUCAAAAAUAACCAGAAAUGGUGACCAUAGUCUUGACGGAGGUCAGCACAUUCAGAUGCAUCGCCGGUCGUUUUGAGCUACGAAAGUCAGGAGUUAGUAUCGGUAUCCCGUUUAAAGCUUUUCAGUUUCCUGUUACGGCAACCAAUCAGAGUGGGUGUUUUCGAGUUUCCGAAAGUCAGGCAAAUCAUUUCUUCUGGCAUGCAUCUUCUGUCAGUAUUUAUUUAGUCUACCAAAGGUUGCUUCUAUAUUCUGAAACACUGUCUUAAAUGCCUUUCAUACCUAUGUGGUCUGAUGCCACUUUUGGCAAAAUCAUAUUUGUCUGUUUUAGAUAUACCUUUCCGUCAAUACAAACCAUUGCUGAAAAUAUGAAACCAGUUCUCGAUCAUUUUCGGUGAGCGUUAGUUUACAUCCAAUGCUCUUUUGCCAUUUUCUGAUUUUUUUGAUGUGUAAUCAGCAAAAAAAUAUUUUGAGCGUUCAGAUAUAAUAUUCUUCUCCUAAAAGUCAGAUUAAUCCGGUAAGACUUGAAGAUAUGAUUGCUGACGGCAACGAUUUGCUCAUCAAAGCUGUCAGGCUCCUACUCCGAUCCAUCUAUAGAUCACGAAAUUCUGCGUUUGAGGAAAUUUGUGUAAACGAGACGCUCAACUAAGGCCAGCGUUACUGUUGAAAGGACAUCCCAGCUACGAUAUAGCUGCAUGCUUAACUGGCGGAUUAAGCUGCCUCAUGAAAGUCUCCAGAAAGACCGCUAGCACAUUUUGCACGUCCUGCCAACGAAAACAGGAUAAACGCUGCAUAAUAGCGUUGCGCUGCUCAAAAUACGCACACGUUGCCGAGAGCAAAAAUUAACCAGAUUCGUUAUCUAGGAGGAUAAACUGAGUAGGAAGAGCUACCCCAGUGCUUCCAUCAACAGAUGCUAAGGCCCUCGCAGCAGCAGCAGCAUAAAUAUAGCACUUACAGCCUUACAUUAAAGGCGCUCUAUUACCGGUGGACUUAUUAUUCAAACUGAUUCAUCCGUCACCUGCCGAUGCCCUUAAUAUGCACUCGAGUCAGACGCGCCAAUGAUCGAGUGGACACUUCGAAGCAGUCGAGUGUUAUCUACGGCAUUGCUUGCUUUAACUGUCUAUGUCAUUAUGCAGGUCAGGUGUCUCGGACAUAAAGGAGUAUUUCCACGUUAUUGCACAUUAGUCGUCGUGAUUACUCACUGCCUGAUUCAAUAUCACACUUUUUUCUGUUGCAUCGAUUGACAUAAAGAUGGCGGCAGGAUAGCGCGCGAAAUUAUAUACACUGCGUGACCUAUCUCAUGAAAUGUUGGCUGAAAUUCUGAAAUGCGUUUUCGAUUAGGAAGGAUUACUUGGUCGCGGUUGUGAUACUAAUUAUCUUAAGGCUUACUCUUACAUUAUUUUGGACUCGGCAGGAUGACGGCUUUUAAAUUCACUUGUUUUCAAUCUGCUGUAGAAAGCGUGCUCGGUAAAAAAUGACUACGUAAGUAGCAUGCAUUUUUCAUACUGAUUUUCGAUGGUCUCGGAAAUUCAAAUAUAUUUUAUAGAAACCAAAAACAAAAAAUAUGCUUGCUUUUAUUCAAUCAAUAGGGAAUUACGUCUUCUUUAUAUUUUGUACUUAAGAAAGGAGUAUAAUUAGGUUUUAAAAAAGUUUUCUAAUUGCCGAAAAAUUUGGAGCCUGACCAUUCGUUGCAUUAGCGCUAAGUUAUUAGACUCUACAAGGUGCAUGCGCUCUGCGUAAAGAAAAUCCCAUUUUUUUCUAUGUCAUUAAAGAGAUAUCAUACAGAGUCCGUAAAAUUUUGCAAUGGAUGCGGACCAUGUUGUACAUUUCAUGAGGGGUAGCGGUAAACGGCCAGGCACGAUGCUAUGUGAAUGGGCAUUUCGCGGUCUUAAAAUGUCUCACAAUUAGAAACUUUUUUAAAACCUUAUUAUACUUUUUCCUUAAGUAUAAAAGAUAAAGAAGACGUGAUUCUCUAUUGAUUGACUAAAAGAAAGCAUACUUUUGUUUGUGGUUUCUAUAAAAUAUAUUUGAAUUUCCAAGACCAUCGAAAAUCAAUGGGAAAAAUGCAUGCUACUUAAGUAGUCAUCUUUUGCCGAGCACGCUUCCUACAGGCGAUUGAAAACGAGUGCAUUUAAAAGCAGAUAUCCUUCCAAGUCCAAAAUGUUAUAAGAGUAUGCCUUAAGAUAAUCAGUAGCACAACCGCGACCAAGUAAUCCUUCCUAGUCCAAAACGCAUUUCAAAAUUUCAGCCAACAUUUCAUGAGACGGGUCACGCACUUUAGGUGUGAGAAUCCGAUUAGGAUCGUUCAGCGCAUGCAUCGGAUUUGCGCCUGAGUACCAGAAGUAACUUAGCCAAGCUGCGAGGCUCCAUUUCAGCCGCAGGGUUACUAACUGCACUGAAAGAAUAUUGCAUCAGUCGGGUCUAUUUGUAGAGGUGGGACGAGAACUGGUCCAAAAAUCUAGGUGAAUCAAAUAUUGUUGCCAACGAGCGGUUCUUCAGUCUUGGAAAACGAGAAGCCUAGGAUGCGUAUAUUCUCACACAUUUUUACCAAAUGUAUAUGUCUUACUCAAACAUUUAAAUAUAGGAUAGACAUACCGGUUUCAAAGUCUGAACGAAACCCCUACGAAAUCGGAUAGGCUUCUAAUAAUUAUUUCGUCAAUUGCGCUCUAUCUUCUCUGGGAUUCUUGAUACACGAUCAAAAACAUUUUCGAGCAAAUGAAUACCGCGUAUUCCUUGGGUGGCAAAAAAUCAGUUGGCGUUAAUUCGUACUCUGCUCCAAGGACGUCAGUAUCUGAUGCGGUCUAGUCACCAUUUUAAAACGCUCAUUUUCGCUUUGGCUUAAAAGACGGUCAAACUGCAACGAGUAAUGAAUAGUUGAGGACCAACCAGUACAUAGGAACACUUGAUGAAAUUUUCCUUCUUACGUCGGGUUUUCUGUUAAAAAUAUGCUAGGGUUGGUCUGCAGUAGAAACCCUCCCCAUCAAAAAUUAAUUGGGAUUAAGUAGUUCGAAACAGAGUUUUAUCAAAAUCAGACAUUUAUCGGUGGACGAAAUUAACCUUUUACGUAUGGAUAGCCCCAGUUCCGAAAAGAGAGGGCUUUAUCUGCGGCCCUUUUUAAAGCAUUUUGUCUGUUUGCCGCACGACAGCUAUCUCGUGUCAGACUUUCAAGGUCCUUCCGAUCUGUCCUGAGAACGUCAUUUUUAAAUUUAGUAAAUGCAGCAGACAAGGUCCGAUUUCCCCGUAUCUGCUUUUUACACUUCUGCGAGAGUUAAAUGUUCUCCGGUGGGACCUUUUUUGGUAAACGCAGAGACUAACCUGACCACAGGACUCCGCCAUGAGAUCGGUGAAAGUUACCAAGUAAAUGGUGCGAAUAUUCUUGACCUCUUAAUUUCACUCACUUAUCAACACAGAGAGUUUGUGAAUGUACAUUUUUUCAUGUAACUUUACCGACUAGAUAAAUGUUUGAGAACACACUAUUUUGCAUUACUUUAGGAUCGAUCAUGUCGUCUUAUUUGGCGAAGGUGCCGGCGCAAAUAUUCUUGCUCGAUUCGCUGUAAGUCACUAACUUUAUGGGGAUUGUACUCAGCUGACUUCUCUACAACAGUGGUUUACUUUUUAAUGCGUAGGACGUGAACUUGCUAGUUGAGAAAAAACUGCAGCAUAUGCGAGGCAUUCAUCUAGGAUGCCAUACCUCAAUUUCACUCUCUUACGUCUACUUAUGCGUCUCUCUAGACAAGUUAGGUUAGUCUUACGAUGUGUCCCCCCAAAUUGAGCAGUGCUCACUUAUCCCGAUUUCCUCUGAUAUUUCCCAAAGUGGUUAUCAUUAUUAAUUUAUAACAACUGUAGUGACAGUUAUUGUGGUCGACUACAAUCUCUUGGAACCUUUUUUAACAAAAUGCAAUGAUACUAAUGAUGCCAUUUUGCGCUGAGAAUACAGUCUUAGGAAGUGGAAUAUAGAAAUAUGAAUCGUUCUUCUGUUUAAAAAUGUGCCUUGCAUAUGGCAGAUAGGACAGCUUUCUUUGCCUGCCAAAAUAUGACACUGAUAGGAAUUAGGAAAAGUUCAAUUCUCAUUGAUCGCUAAACAGUGCUUGCUAACUGAUAUGCAACGUGCGAAGAAAAACACGAAGUAGGGCUUCUAAAUUUUGAUUGGCUUUCACGUGUAAUAGAUUAUCAAACUGAGGUGUAGAAUUGAGUGACAGAAUACAUAAAUUCAAUCCGGUUCCCAUACGACAGCAUGGUGGCCCCAUAAUGCAACAUUCUAUCUCUCACCUGUGAGAAAUUAGUUAUGGCUACAUAAAUGCCUAAAUAACGUUGAUAUUCUGAAAAUUUUCAACGCUUUUAUAAGUUUUGAAACAAUUCUCAGAGCGAUGCAUAGAUAUGUAUUUCCUACCAGCCAUUUGAUCGCAAAUAUAAUCGUCUCCAGCGUCUUAUCAGAAGGCAAUUGUGACAGUUAUUUGAGAUCCGAACGUGACGGCUAGAGUAGCCUGUUCCUCAUAAUGCACAUAAAAUUGCCUGCAUCUGUUGCAGUAUUUAAUGAGCGUUAUAAAACCUUAGCCAAAGAGUCUUAAAGGACAUGGCAUUUUUAAAGGAGCUCGCAUCGACAUAAAUCAUAAUUCCGUAUGGUAUAUUGUGAACUGUCAUAUAAUUAUAAGAUAAUUAAACUUUGUGCAUUAGUUAGUUUGGAAGCCUCGAGAAUAGAAAUUUAUGGUUCUUACGCAGUAGGUGGUCUAACUCAUGAAAUUCCGAAAUGCGUUUUCGUUUAGAAAAAAUUAAUUAAGCAGGGUUGAAAAACAGAUCAUCAUGCUGCAUCACUAUAUAAGAAUUUGCUUACCUCAGGAUGCCGGCUAUCGAAAUAACUUCUUUUCAGCUGCAUGCGAAAACUACACUCUGUAAAAAAUGACUACUUAUGUAGCAUGCAUUUUUCUCAUUGGUUCUCGACGCUCUUAAAAAAUAAGUUAUAUUUCAUAGAAAACAUGCAUCAAACUAUUCAUUCUUCUGCUUAUUCGGUAGAAAAUUUCGCCUUAUUUCAAUUUUAUACUUGAAGGAAGAGUAUAAUUCGUUAUUCAAAAUAUUUUCUAUUCCAGAAUAAUUUUGAACUCGAUCUGCCGUUACACUUGCAUUUAGUGUUUGCAAACUACAGGCCGCGUAUUUUCUGCGUACGGAAAACCAAAAAUUUCUCAACAGUAUUAAGAGAACACCAUAUGGGGUUCAUAAAAAUAAGCAGCGGAUUUGAACCAUAUUGCUAACUUUACGAGCCACAUUCGUAAAUGCAGAGAUAUGAAAUUUCAUGAACGGUCAUUUUACGGCAUUAAAAAACCUCCCAAUUAGAAACUUCUAAAAACCGAAUUAUUUUCUUCCUUAGAGUAUAAAAUUUAAAGAAGGCGUAAUUUCCUAUCAAUGAACUGCAGGUUUAGAAUUAAUUUCGAAAUCAUGCCACGAUAGAAUACACUAAUGUGAGCAGCUGGGAUUCUUGUGAGUCAUCAUUAACCUUCGUGCUUUUUUACGUGGUAUCAAGACAUCCUUAAUUAAUUUAUUUUCAAAACGAACUGAUUUAUAGCAACAUUCCCUCAUUUGUUUCUAUUUACCAGUGUAGUUGUAUCCAUUAUAGUAAACGUUUUUCUACUUCACUUGAAGAAGUGCACCAUAAUUGUUAUUAAAAAUUUAUUUGAUCACACUUUCUAAUUCUGAUCAGCUCAAACGCAACCACCCUGUCGAUUAGCCGAUACCCUAAAUAUGGUCACUUAGGUUUCCCACUCGCAUUUAGGACAUUUAUUUUCAAUGGUUACAAUUACAUAGAGGACGUCUACUAUUAAUUCGUACGGCUAUUAUCCUAAAACCAGUUAAAUUUUUGGUUACUGACUAAGGUCUUUUAUUUAGUCCAAGCAGCCACUUUAACCCAAAAACAUUUUCAAUAUUAUUUUCACUCGAUAGUUAACAAAUAAGGGCGAAAAAUUAUCGGCUAAUUCCACACGAUUUCAUGUCACCUCUCUUGAGAUAAUCUCCACUUUGUGCCGACAAAAUUGUGGGGCACCAACCGUCAAAACUGCUACUAUGAUUAAUUACAUGUUUUUUAAUGCUUUGGAAAAAUGCCUCCCGAUAAUUUUCGUUAAAAGCAAAAUAAUCUUAAGAUUCAGUAGCACAGUAGACUUUGUCUUUCCGCAAGAAAUUAACUGAAGUCAGACGUAACUGGCAAUGUGAAAACGCCAUCAGUUUGUGUUAUUUUGUCUACUGCAGACAUAAAUAGGAAAAAUAUGGUCUCAUUCUUAAAUAGAUAGUCACUUUUCUUAUCAGUUAUGUAGUAUUCUGUGGUAUUUUUUUAUCCUGCACUGACAUAAUCAACUGAAAAAGACUAACAUUUAUGCUUACUUUGUAGAUGCUCCACGAUGAAAUGGUUCUUGGAGCUAUUCUUAUUCACUGCACAGGUCAGACGGCGAGCUUUGCUGACUCCCUGCGUGAUAAGGUAUCUUGCAUAACUUUUAACAACACAACAGCCCUUCUGUAGUCUUACCAACACUUAUUUGCCCUUAACCUGCCUGUACAAUGCAAAUCUUCCAAGUUUCUCUGCAAUACAAACAACUCUUUUAAUACACGAUAUUUUCAAGAGCCCAGAGCAAGGAUAUAAUUGGUCAUUGGACUGACCGUGAAAAGCAAAAUGGAAUUUGCUCUAGUAGAUUUGGUUUGGAAGUAUGGCGACGUUCGCAUGCCAACAGCAUACAUAUAUUUAUUCUUUGUGCAUCCCAUCGUUCGAACAUAUGAAGCAAAAUGUGCACAGACUUUCAAUUGUUCAUGUGCUUAAAUAUUCAACACUAAACUACCUUCUUCUACUAAAAGAUGGAGUAGCUAACGCAUCUUUAUAUAAGCUUUUGAGAGGCCUAGAAACCAUCUGUUUCGUGCGUUUGUAAAGUCGCCAUGAUUUUAAACUCAGAAAUAAGUAGUGAUGGAGCGAAACGCACCUUCUCGCCAUAUCUGCGUCUAAUUUCGAAAGAGAGCCGGACCGGUCCUCGAUACGUAUGCUCAUUUUGGGAUAGUUUUAGUGAAAUAAUUAUAUAGCAAAAAGACGGCGGCAAUAAUUUACCCGAUGAAAUAACAUAAGUGGUUAGGUUCCAAUCUGAUAGGAGUAUUGCCACAGUAAAAUGACAAUUAGAAUGCAUGAUUUGUCUCAUUGCUUUAUUUGAUAGGGUUUCAUUUAUGAAUUACUACCAUUCCUGUGGACCAAAUUUAAGUUUAAUCCCAAAUAAUUGCCCAGUUUGUGCUUAUACUUUAAAAGUGCAUAUUUGGUUGCAAUACUCACUAGAUACAUGACAGGAAACCUCUAGUAAACUUAUGCCUGUUUCUGAAGAGUAAAUCGGAUCCUAGUAUUUGCUUACGUACACCUCAGUCUUAUCAACCUUUUUCGCAGUAUAAUUACUUAUUUUCACUUGGAGAAGUAUACUUUUUUCAGCUUGUAAAUUGGAAAUUGAACACCACGGGCAUGAAUCCUUCAACAGAAAGUUUUCUCAUUCUU